CAUUCUUCGCUCGCACCUCAGAAACGAUCGACGUCUUGGUUUCAGUCUCGGGGAUUAUGACUUGAAACAGUUUGAAAAUAGAUAUUUUUUAAAAGAAUAUACAUAUAUCUAUAUCUAAACGCACCACACGGUACAGAUAUAUGUAUACGUUCGCAGCCAUUUCGUUCGCUUAGAGUCCCGCACACACGCAAAUAUAUAUAGAACGUCGAAAGGAUAUCGCAAUUUCGACAAUUUAAAGAAGCGACCAAAGAGAGAUAAAUAUAUAUAGAAGUAUAUCAAGUGAAGAAGCAAAUCAAAGAAAGAGUGAUCGCGAGGUGUUCAAUUCUACAGUGCAGUUCAUUCUGCAACGAUUUGGUUGUCAUUUUAAAUGAUAUAUAGUGAUAUAUAACGCAGCAAAAUGCAACGACAAAAUCCGAACCCGUACCAGCAGCAAAACCAGCAGCACCAGCAGGUGCAGCAGUACUCCACCCAGGAGUACUCGCACUCCAGCCAGGAGCAGCACCAGGAGCAAAGGAUUAGCCGCACCGAGCAGCACGUCCAGCGCAGCCAAGUCACCACCCAGCGGCAAGUGCAACAACAUCAUGGUGGCAGCAUCGGAGGCGCCUACGUGCCCCCUUCGCUGACACACGUGUACGCCCAGGGCGACAUCUCGCCGCCCGUCUUCGAGCAGAUCUUCAAGAACGCUCGCUUCGCCCAGGGCGGCAAUGCCCUGUUCGAGGGACGCCUGCGUGGCAACCCGAAGCCAUUCGUGACCUGGACCCGGAAAGGCGCACCCCUUCUCGAGUCGCAGAAGUUCCGGAUGAGCUACAACGAGGCCACCGGCGAUGUGUCCCUGCUGAUCAAUCAGAUCGGACCCGGGGACGAGGGCGAGUACACGUGCACCGCCCGCAAUCAGUAUGGCGAGGCCAUCUGCAGCGUCUACAUCCAGCCGGAGGGAGCACCGAUGCCCGCCCUGCAGCCCAUCCAGAAUCUGGAGAAGAACAUCUACUCGAACGGAUACUCGUAUACCUCCAUUGAGGAGGAGUUCCGUGUGGACACGUUCGAGUACAGGCUGCUCCGUGAGGUUUCCUUCCGUGAGGCCAUCACCCGUCGAUCUGGCUACGAGCAGGACUCCCAACUCUCCCAGGAGCUGGACCGCAACCAGGGUCCUGCGCAGGCGCCGCAGAUCUCGCAGAAGCCGCGUAGCUCCAAGUUGAUCGAGGGAUCCGAUGCCGUGUUCACCGCACGCGUAGGCUCCAACCCCAAGCCCCGGCUAACCUGGUUCCAUAAUGGCCAGCGUUUGGUGGCCUCGCAGAAGUACGAGAUCUCCUAUUCGAGUGGCGUGGCUACGCUCCGCGUGAAGAACGCCACGGCUCGCGAUGGCGGCCAUUACACGCUGCUUGCCGAGAAUCUGCAGGGCUGCGUGGUUUCAUCCGCCGUGUUGGCCGUGGAACCCGCCGCGGAAACCGCCUACGAACCAAAGCAGGCGGACGUGGUUGCCGAGCAAUUGGAGGCCGGCAAAGCAUUGCCGCCAGCCUUUGUAAAGGCUUUCGGAGAUCGCGAGAUCACCGAGGGUCGCAUGACCAGGUUCGAUUGUCGCGUUACUGGCAAUCCCUACCCCGAGGUCUUUUGGCUUAUCAACGGCCGGCAAGUGCGCGACGAUGCCUCGCACAAGAUUCUAGUCAACGAAUCGGGCAGCCACUCGCUGAUGAUCACCAAUGUGACCCGAUUGGAUGCCGGAGCUGUCCAAUGCCUGGCCCGCAACAAGGCCGGUGAAGUGGCCAUCGAGGCACAGUUGAACGUGUUGGAAAAGGAACAGGUUGUCGCACCACAAUUUGUCCAGCGUUUCAGCACCAUGACUGUGCGCGAAGGUGAGCCGAUCACCAUGAGUGCCAAUGCCAUUGGAACUCCGCAGCCACGUAUCACCUGGCAGAAGGACGGCGUCCAGAUCUCGUCCACCGCCGAGCGCUUUGUGGGCAUCGACGGAGGAGCCACCUGCCUGGAGAUUCCACGCGUCACUGCCAACGACGCUGGAUGGUACCAGUGCACCGCCCAGAACAUCGCUGGAUCCACGGCCAAUAGGGCCAGGCUGUAUGUCGAGGUUCCUAGGGAACAACCAAGUUACGAGCAGCGUCGUCUCAAUCUCCCGAGACCAACGAAAGUCAUCGAGCCAGAACCCAUUCCUGGCCCUGAAAUCAUCUACCUUCGCCAUGUGGAGCGCGCCAAGCCCCAUCUGCGCCCUGGUGAGGAGGAUCGCGUCUACCCGCCGCCGCAGUUCAUCAUCCCGCUGCAGAAUGUGCAGCAGACCGAAGGUGGCCGUGUUCACAUGGAGGCCCGCAUCGAACCCGUCGGCGAUCCCACCAUGGUCGUCGAGUGGUACCUCAAUGGGCGUCCGCUCGCAGCCAGUGCCCGCGCCACAUCCGUUUUCAAGUUCGGCUUCAUCGCUCUGGAUCUUCUGAGCAUUAUGGGCCACGACUCCGGCGAGUACAUGUGCCGCGUGAGCAACGCCAGCGGAGUGGCUGAAUCCCGCGCAAUUCUGUCCGUGGUGCAGCGCCCAUCCAUUGAGCAAUCUUCGCAGAACCCCAACAGUCUGCAGUACAUUAACCAGUUGGAGGACUACUCACGCUACCAGCGCACAGAGAGCAUCGAUGAGCAGCUCAACCAGGCGCCCCAGUUCAUCCGCCCACUCCGCGAUCUCGGCGAAUUCGAGGAGGGCAAGAACGUGCACUUUGAGGCUCAGGUUACGCCUGUGAACGAUCCCUCCAUGAGAGUGGAAUGGUACAAGGACGGACUACCCAUCACGGCUAGCUCCCGCAUCACUGCCAUCUUCAACUUCGGCUAUGUCUCCCUGAACAUCUUGCACCUGAGAGCCGAAGAUGCUGGCACCUACACUGUGCGGGCAGUGAAUCGCAUUGGAGAAGCCAUCAGUCAGUCCUCUAUUCGUGUCCACUCACGCUCGCAAGUCACUGCUGAUCUGGGUAUACCCGAACAGCAGCGUUACAUCGAAAAGGUGGAGGAACUGGAGGAUUACCGAAAGUCCCAGCAGCGUCGUCAUGUCCAAGAGGCUGCCGAGGCCAUUGCCCCGCCCCAAUUCAAGACACCGAUCCAGAACCAGUUGGAUCUGCGCGAGCACGCGCAUGCGCACUUCGAGGCAAGACUCGAACCCAUUGGAGAUUCAACCAUGCGGGUCGAGUGGCUGAAGGAUGGUCAGCCUCUGGAAGCCAGUUCCAGGAUCACCACCUACCAUAACUUCGGCUACGUGGCGCUGACCAUUAAGCAGCUGACCAUCUAUGAUGCCGGCACCUACACCUGCCGUGCCUACAAUGCCAUGGGUCAGGAUACCACCGUGGCCCAGCUUACGGUUAUCUCCAAGAACGAAAUCGUUUCCGAGUCGCAGCACCCAGGUGGUCUGCAGAAGAUCCAGCAUCUCGAGGACUCGUCGCGCUACGGACGUCGCGAGGAGGAGGAGACCUACAUCACCCAGGCUCCCCGUUUCCUCGGUCCUCUGAAGGGAACCACCAAAAUCCUUGAGGGCCAGCGCGCUCACUUUGAGGCCCGUGUUGAGCCCCAGAGCGAUUUGGGCCUGGUGAUCGAGUGGUACCACAACGGUCGCUCCAUCACCGCCGCUAAUCGCAUCCAGACAUACUACGAUUUCGGUUAUGUCGCCCUGGACAUUUCCCAGGUGCGCGCUGAAGAUGCUGGCGUCUACCUUGUGGUGGCCAGGAACAAGCUAGGUGAAGCUCAGCAGCAAGCAACGAUGAUAGUGGAAACUCGUUCCAGUAUCGACACAUCUAGCAUGCACCGCGGCCUGUACGAGAAGACUCAAAAUUUGGAAAACAAGCCGUUCGUGGAGCCUCAGUAUGACAUCGAAGAGAUCUCCAAGUCCAAGCCAGUGUUUGUCACCCCACUGAGUGAUCCAAAGCCCAUCCACGAUGGCAAGAACAUCCAUCUGGAAUGCCGUCUUGAGCCAAUGGGCGAUCCCACCAUGCGCGUCGAGUGGUUCCACAACGGACGCCCCGUUACUGUGGGUUCUCGAUUCCGCACUUACUAUGACUUUGGUUUCGUGGCUUUGGAUAUUAUCAAGGCCACCGCAGCCGAUUCUGGAGAAUAUACUGUGAGGGCCACCAACCACUUGGGCACGGCUCACACUUCAGCCUGCGUGCGUGUGAUCGACCACACGGACGUGGUGACUGAGACUCAGAACGAGCAAUCGCUGGAGCAGAUCCAAUUGCUCGAGGACUCAAGGCGCCGCCAUCACCAGGAGGAGGAUAUCACCAUCAUGCAAGCGCCCCAGUUUACCAGGGGCCUGCACAACAUUGAGACUAUUGAGGGUACCAACGUGCACUUGGAGUGCCGCCUGCAGCCCGUGGGAGAUCCCAGUAUGCGCAUCGAGUGGUUCGUAAAUGGAAAGCCUGUUAAGACAGGCCAUCGUUUCCGCCCCGCUUACGAAUUCGAUUACGUGGCUUUGGACCUGCUUGGCUGCUACGCCAUCGACUCGGGCGUCUACACCUGCCAGGCCAGGAACCAAUUGGGUGAAGCCGUAACCUCGUGUUCCGUGCGAAUUAUCGCUAAGAAUGAUUUGAUUUUGGAGACCCAAAACGAGUCGGGUCUUCAGAAGAUCCAAUACUUGGAGGACUCGACCCGUCAUCGCCGCAGCGAGUUUGUCGACGAGGUUGUCAACAUUCGUCCUCGGUUCCUCACCCACCCUAAAAGCUUGACCAACACCCGCGAGGGUGGGCACGCCCACUUCGAGUGCAAGAUUGAGCCGGUGACUGAUCCGAACCUGAAGGUGGAGUGGUUUAAGAACGGCCGUCCCAUCACUGUGGGUCACCGCUUCCGUCCCAUUCAUGACUUUGGUUACGUGGCCUUGGACAUUGUCCAUUUGAUUGCUGAGGACUCGGGUAUCUACACUUGCAGGGCUGUUAAUCUGAUUGGCUGCGACGAAACCCAAGUGGAGCUGCAGUGCCGCAGUGGUGAGCAGAUUGUUACUGUCACCCAGAACGAGGCUGGACUUGAGCAGAUCCACUACCUGGAGGAUCGCUCGCGCUACUCCCGACGUGAGGAAAUCGAUGAAAGCACCAAGCAGGCUCCGGUGUUCACUACAUCACUGAAGAAUGUUGAGAUCAAGGAGAACCAGAGGGCCCACUUCGAAUGCCGUCUGAUUCCCGUUUCUGAUCCGUCAAUGCGCGUGGAAUGGUACCACAACAAUCUUCCACUUAAGUCUGGUUCUCGUUUCACUGAGACCAAUAACUUCGGCUUUGUGGCCUUGGACAUAAUGUCCACUCUGCCCGAAGAUGCCGGCACUUAUACCUGCCGUGCCUACAACGCUGUGGGCGAGGCCAUCACCUCAGCUGUUGCUGUUGUGCACACCAAGAAGUCCAUCUACCUGGAGUCCCAGCACGAAACCGCUCUGCCACGUCUGCAGCAUUUGGAGGAUGGCUCCAAGCGUCAGCGCAUCAGCGUCCAGGACGAGUUCGUGUCCCAGGCACCUGUCUUUACCAUGCCGGUAAGGGAUGUCCGUGUGGCUGAAAACCAGGCGGUGCACUUUGAGGCCCGCUUGAUUCCAGUGGGAGAUCCGAAGUUGAAGGUUGAGUGGUUGCGAAACGGUCAACCUAUUGAAGCCUCCAACCGCACUACCACCAUGCAUGAUUUCGGUUAUGUGGCGCUCAACAUGAAGUAUGUGAAUCCCGAAGACUCUGGAACCUACACCUGUCGGGCUGUCAACGAGCUGGGUCAGGCGGUUACCUCUGCCUCGCUCAUUGUGCAAUCCAAGACUUCCAUUCAACUGGAGACUCAGCACGAGGCCGCCAUGCACAAGAUCCACCAGCUGGAGGAUCACAGCAGGUACCAACGCAGGGAGGAGGAGGAGUACACGGUCACCACCGCCCCGGUAUUUGUCACCAAGCUGAUUGGACCCAGUAACCUGGUCGAGGGUCAAAGUGCCCACUACGAGUGCCGCAUCGAACCCUACCCAGAUCCCAACCUCAAGGUGGAGUGGUUCCACAAUGGAAAGCCACUGAGCACUGGUCAUCGCUUCCGCACCACGUACGACUUUGGAUUUGCCGCCCUUGACAUCCUCACUGUCUAUGCUGAGGACAGCGGCGAGUACACUUGCCGAGUGACCAACAACCUGGGCGAAGCCAUCAACUCGAUUGUGCUUAACGUAACCUCACGCUCGUCCAUCAUUCACGAGACUCAGCACGAGGAGGCUCUGACCAAGAUCCAGCAUCUGGAAGAUACUUCGCGAUUCCAGAGGAAAACCGACGAGGAGCAGUUCCAUGCCGAACGUCCGCAGUUCGGCCGCCCUCUGCGUAAUGCCAAGGUCAACGAGGGAACUCCCGUCCACCUGGAGGCCACCCUAAUUCCUGUGAAUGAUCCCACCAUGAAGGUGGAGUGGUACUGCAACGGUAGGCCCAUACAGACUGGUCACCGCUUCAAGACCACCUACGAUUUUGGCUUCGUGGCGUUAGAUAUUCUGUAUGCCCAUGCCGAAGACACCGGCACCUACAUGUGCAAGGCCAAGAACGCUAUUGGAGAAGCUGUCACGACUUGUGCUGUAAACGUAACAGCAAACAAGACACUCGAUCUGGACACCUUGGAUGCUCAGCGUUUGGAGAAGAUUCGCCAACUGGAAACAUAUGCGCCUCCUCCUAAACCCGUCGUGGAGGAGAAGGGCCAGAAGCCCAUUUUCCUAACGCCGCUAAGCAACCUUGAACACUUGAAGGAGGGCGAGCACGCCCACUUGGAGUGCCGAGUGGAACCGAUCAACGACGCCAACCUGAAGAUUGAGUGGUUCUGCAAUGGCAAGCAGCUGCCUACUGGUCACCGUUACCGGAAUACCCACGACUUCGGUUACGUCGCUUUGGACAUUCUUUACGUCUAUGGCGAGGACACCGGCACCUACAUUUGUAAGGCCACCAAUCAGCUGGGUGAGGCUGUAAACACCUGCAAUGUGCGUGUGUUGAACCGCCGCAGCAUGAUUCUGGAUACCCAGCAUCCCGAUGCUCUGGAAAAGAUUCAAAAGCUCGAGUCGAAGGUGCCGAAUGCCCGUACCGAGGUUGGAGAUGCUCCGAUCAGUCCACCUCACUUCACCGCCGAACUUCGCGGUUCCACCGAGAUCUAUGAGGGUCAGACCGCUCAUUUUGAGGCCCAGGUCGCUCCAGUCCACGAUCCUAACUUGCGCAUUGAGUUCUAUCACAAUGGCAAGCCUCUGCCGUCCGCUUCUCGGUUCCACAUCACCUUCGAUUUUGGAUACGUGUCUUUGGAUAUUACUCAUGCUGUGGCCGAGGACGCCGGAGAAUAUUCCGUGCGCGCUGUUAACGCUUUGGGCCAGGCAGUGUCCUCCACCAAUCUGCGCGUUAUUCCACGUGGUACCAUCAUUUCGGACACCCAACAUCCCGAGGGUCUGGAGAAGAUCCGCAAGCUGGAAUCGACUGCGCCACAUCAGCGCCAGGAGCCUGAGACUCCCGGCACUCGCCAGCGCCCAGUGUUCACUCAACCUCUUCAGAACAUCGACCGAAUCAAUGAACACCAGACGGCUCACUUCGAGGCACGCUUGAUCCCAGUGGGAGAUCCCAACCUGAAGGUCGAGUGGUACCGCAACGAAAAGAUCAUUGAAGAUAGCUCCCGUAUCACCAAGCAGCACGAUUUCGGUUUUGUGUCGCUCGAUAUCUCGCAUAUUCGCAAGGAGGAUGAGGGCGUGUACAUGUGCCGCGCCGUCAAUCCUCUGGGUGAGGCAGUAACCACCGCCUCCAUGCGCGUGGUAUCCGAGGCCAGCAUCCAAAUGGAUACUCAGCAUCCGGACAGCAUCAGUCGCAUCCAUCAACUGGAGAAACCACUGGCACCACGCCCCACCGAACCAGAGCGCCUGUUUGAGAAGCCCAUCUUCACUCAACUGCUCACUGGACCCUCGGAGCUGUGGGAGGGUGCUCAUGCACACUUCGAAGCACGAGUUGUGCCUGUGGGAGAUCCGUCGCUGAAGUUUGAGUGGUUCAUCAACGGUGUGGAGCUUCAAAUGGGCUCUCGCCUGCGUACCACGCACGACUUUGGUUUUGUCACCCUGGACAUUACUGCGGUGGUGCCAGAGGAUGCCGGUGUCUACAUGUGCCGUGCCUAUAACGCCGCUGGUGAGGCUGUAUCUUCGACUGCCAUGAAGGUUAAGACCAAGUCCAAUAUUGAUGGUCAGCCUUUGAUCCCGGAGUCUUGGGAGGCGAUUCGCCUUAAGGAGGCUGCCAUGAAUCGUGUACCAGAGAUGUUUGUUGACUCGACACCCCAACAGGCUCCGGUCUUCACAACCCAUCUGCAGAGCUACGACAAGCUCCACGAGGGUCAGCACGUCCUCUUGGAAGCCCAAGUGGAACCACGCGCGGAUCCUAACCUCCGCAUUGAAUGGUUUAAGAAUGGCAUUUCUCUAACCACUGGCUCCCGAAUUCGCAGUACCUUUGACUUUGGACUGGUUACACUGUCCGUCAAUGGAUUGCGUGCUGAUGACUCCGCUAUUUACACCUGCAAGGCCACCAACCAAGUUGGCGAAGCUGUGUCGACCUCAUCUCUUAAGAUUGAAGAUCGUCACUGGCUUCAGGCCGAAUCUUUGCACCCAGAUUCCUUGCAUCGCAUUGGAGAGCUUGAGGCGCCCAAGGAGGGACGACCAGAGGCUCCAGAGCCCACUUACGAGACUCCUGUGUUUAUUACUCAUCUUAACAACAUUGAGUGCAAGGAGAGCGACAAUGUGCGCUUCGAGUGCAACGUGGAGCCGGCUCGUGAUCCAACCAUGUCCAUCGAGUGGUUCUACAAUGGACAACCGCUGCAGGCCGCUGCCAAAUUUAAGUCCAUCUACGACUUUGGCUACUGCGCUUUGGAUCUGACCAACUCUUAUGCUGAGAACAGCGGUAUCUACACCUGCAAGGCUACCAACAGCAAGGGAUCUGCCACCACCUCUGGCACUCUUAAGUGCACUGGUGGCAAGACCAUGUUCCUAGACACCCAGCAUCCGCAGGGAGAGGCUGGUCUCGAGGCUGUUCAGGAAACCGAGGAGGAGCUGGCCAAUCGCUACACCAGCAAAACGACAAAGCCCGAGACACAGUAUCCACCACCAGUUUGGACGAAGCCACUGCAGGCCGAGUUCCACUUGUCGGAGGCUCAACCCAUCCAUUUGGAGGCCAACGUGGAGCCCAAGGAGGAUCCCAACCUGUUCAUCGAGUGGUACUUUAACGGCAAAAUGCUGAACCAUGGUUCUCGCUUCAAGAUGACCAGUGAAUUUGGUUUUGUUACCAUGGAUAUGAUCGAGGUUUAUGCCCGCGACCAGGGUAUCUACACUUGCAAGGCGUAUAACAAGGCUGGAGAGGCCUUUACCUCUACCACCAUCUUCUGUUCGAGCAAGGAGAACAUCAUCGAAUCAACUCAGCACCCGAAGGGAGCCGAAGGCCUUGAGCAAAUCCAGGACCUUGAGGACUCCCUCCGCAAGGACGGCUCUAAGCCAGAACAGCCGGAUCUCGGCAUCCCACCACGCUUCACCACUGAAUUCGUUAAUAUUGCAGACAUUGGUGAGGGUGAAUUGGCUCACUUCGAGGCUAAUCUCAUCCCUGUGGGCGACCAGAGCAUGGUCAUAGAAUGGUUCUACAACGGCAAGGUUCUGGAGGCCAGCCAUCGUGUGCGUACCAUCUACGCAUUUGGCACGGUUGCCCUGGAGGUUCUUGGCACUAAGAUCGAGGACACCGGCACCUACACUUGCCGCGCGACCAACAAGCAUGGAACUGCUGAGAUAAGCUGCAGCCUGGAGUGCGUGGACAAACCGAGGGGCCAGAAACCGCGCUUCACGUCCCACAUCCAGCCGCUGGAGGGCCUGAAGGACGGACAGUCCGCUCACUUCGAGUGCACUCUGAUCCCAGUCAACGAUCCGGAGCUGAAGGUCGAGUGGUAUCACAAUGGCAAGCUGAUGCGUCACUCCAACCGCAUCAAGACGGUGUCCGAUUUUGGAUACGUCGUUUUGGAUAUUUCCUAUCUGCAGGAUCAUGACAGUGGAGAGUACGUGUGCAGAGCCUGGAACAAGUAUGGUGAGGACUUUACCCGUACCACCCUCAAUUGCGGAGGCCGUGGCGGAGUGUUCUAUGAUAGCUUGCAGCCGGAUUCACUGCAGAGGAUCAGGGAGCUCGAGUGCCCACAAGGACAACAGGCAGAUACUUCCGCUCCUCUGGUCGCUGAGCCACCCAAAUUCAUCACCCAGAUCGUCGAUGUCACCAAGCUGGUGGAGGGUCAGUCCGCUCAUUUCGAGGCACGUUUGACUCCAAUCACCGAUCCUGAUUUGGUGGUGGAAUGGUACUUCAACGGCAAGAAACUACCCCAUGGUCACCGCUUCCGCACCUUCCACGACUUCGGCAUUGUUAUCCUGGACAUUCUGUACUGCUACGAAGAGAACUCUGGUGUAUACGAGGCUAGGGCCUAUAACAAGUACGGAGAGGACGUUACUAGGGCUUCGCUCAAGUGCGCCUCGAAGGCAAGCCUCAUUUUGGACUCCCAGCUGCCGCGAGGAAUGGAAGGCGGUUUGGAGAAGAUCGCCAACCUGGAGUACAGCAUGGUCCGCACUCGCGAAGAGACCACCGAAGAGACCAAGGGCAAGGCUCCCGUCUUUACUGUACCGCUGGAAAACAUCGAAAAUCUGCGCGAGGGUGAAAAUGCCCACUUUGAGGCUAGGAUUACCCCGGCCGAUGAUCCCAAACUGAAGGUCGAGUGGUACUGGAACGGUCGUCCAUUGAAGGCCGGUUCUCGUUUCCGUACUUUCUGCGACUUUGGCUUUGUCAUUCUGGAGAUUUCUCCCGUGUAUCCCGAGGACUCCGGCGAGUACUCUUGCCGUGCAAUCAACGAGUAUGGUGAGGCGGUGACCACUGCCACCAUGAAGAUCCAGGGUAAGCGCAGCAUCAUCAUGGAAUCUCAGCUGCCCAAGGGCAUGGAGGGAACUAUCGAUCGCAUCGCCGAACUGGAGGGCUUGGGCUCCCGCAGCACCGAGUUUGUACCGGAUGAUGAUACUGGCAAGCCACCAGAGUUUAUCACCUCUCCCUUCGACAUGGUUAUCGGCGAGAAUGCUCUGGCUCACUUCGAGUGCCGUCUCCAGCCGAUCAAUGACCCAUCAAUGCGUGUGGAUUGGUUCCACAAUGGCAAGGCCUUGUGGGCUGGUUCCCGUAUCAAGACCAUCAAUGAUUUUGGUUUCGUAAUCCUCGAAAUCGCUGGUUGCUAUCAGCGUGAUUCGGGAUUGUACACUUGCAAGGCCACAAACAAGCAUGGUGAGGCCACGGUCUCUUGCAAAUUGCAGGUCAAGGGUCGCCAGGGCAUCGUCAUGGAGCCCCAGUUGCCCUCCAACUUCCGCACCGGCACUGAGAGUCUGCAGAAACUGGAGGAGACCAUGCAUAAGCGCGAGGAGCUUGUGAUUGAGGACGAGCAGCCUAACCCACCCAAAUUCACCGAGGACAUUAAGGACAAUUUGGAUGUUCCCGAGGGUGGUCCAAUUCACUUUGACUGCCGUGUGGAGCCCGUGGGCGAUCCAACCAUGCGCAUUGAGUGGUUCUACAACGGUCAUGUUAUGGCUACCGGAUCUAGGGUCCAUCAGCUCAACGACUUUGGCUUUAUUGCUUUGGAUGUGGACUACAUCUAUGCUAGGGAUUCAGGCGAGUAUACUUGCCGCGCAACCAACAAGUGGGGCACUGCCACCACCAGCGCAAAGGUCACCUGCAAGGGAAAGCACAAUAUUGUGUACGAGUCGCAGUUGCCAGAGGGCAUGACCUCCGAUAAGUUAAAGGAGCUGGAGCGAGGACGCAUCCCAGAAGCGCCCAAGGUGGUUGAGGAACAGUUUGGACCACCAAAGUUCACCACACAGAUUACUCCUGUGACUGUCGAUGAAGCCGAGGCCGUGCGAUUUGAGUGCCAAGUGGAACCCAAGACGGAUCCCAGCCUGCGGGUGGAAUGGUACCGCAAUGGCAAGCCCUUGCCUUCCGGACACCGUUAUAGAAAUAUCUUUGACAUGGGCUUUGUUUCCCUGGAUAUUCUGUACGUCUAUGGUGAGGACUCUGGAGAGUACGUGUGCCGUGCAAUCAACAACCACGGCGAGGAUCGCACUAGAGCCACUGUGUCCUGCAAGAAACUCCCUACCAUCUUACUCCAGAACCAAGUGCCUCGCGGCAUGAAGCGUUCAGAUGCUCUAACCCAGAUGGAAGCUACCAUCAAGAAAUAUACAUCCGAAGUCCAUUUGACAGAGGAUGAUCUAUUCGAUCCCGAUCGCAAGCAACCUCCCCGCUUUGUCACGCAGAUCAAGGAGCAGCUUACUCUUACCGAGAUGGCAGUCACCAAAUUCGAAUGCCAGUUGGCUCCAGUGGGAGAUCCCAACAUGAAGGUCGAGUGGUUCUUCAAUGGCAAGCCAUUGCUGCACAAGAAUCGCUUCCAGCCCAUUUACGAUUUUGGUUAUGUGGCAAUGAACUUCGGUUGGGUUUAUCCCGAAGACAGCGGAGAGUACGUGUGCCGUGCCACCAACUUGUAUGGCAAGGACGAGACUCGUGCCUUUAUUAAGGUUUCUGGAAAGCCAGGAAUCGUUUACGAUUCCCAGCUGCCCGCUCACAUGCAGAGCAUUGACCGCAUCCGCGAAAUGGAAGCCUCAUGGCAGGUGGUGCCCGAUGAGGUUGAUCCCGAUGCCAAGCCCAGAACCAAGCCAGUCUUUGUGAGCAAACUGGAGCCCCAGACUGUGGAGGAGGGUGAUCCAGCUAGAUUCUGUGUUCGUGUCACUGGCCACCCACGUCCGAGGGUUAUGUGGCUGAUCAACGGCCACACUGUUGUCCACGGCUCGCGUUACAAGCUGACCAACGAUGGUAUGUUCCAUCUGGAUGUCCCGAAGACACGUCAAUACGAUACUGGCAAGGUGGAAGUGAUUGCUCGCAACUCUGUGGGCGAAUCGAUUGCCACCACUGAACUGAAGGUUGUUGCACGAUCGGACGAUUAUCGUAAUGUGCUGAAGAAUUCGCCACGUCCCUGGUACGAUUACGAACUAGCUGCCUACCAGAAGGAGCGCCAGGAAAACGAGUUGGAAAAGGUAUUCGAUGAGCGUAAGCAGGUCCUUUCCGAACAGAGCUCCCACACUUUGAAGGGCGUGGAGCACCUGAAGCCCAAGCAAUACAAGCCAACCACUCCGGACUGGCAGCAAAAUGUCAAGGCCAAGAAGAGCGAGGAUUACUACAACAAGCUGCAGACUCUGGAAACUGAGCAGCUGCUGAAGGAGACCAACCUGCGAAGGGAUAACCAUCAGUACGCCAUUCCCGGAGAGAAGGUCGUGAGCAGUUCCCAGGCCAAGGGAAUGGCUCAUUCUUACGAAGAGAAUCUUCAAGAGAAAACCAGCACUACUCAAGUGCAGGCUGCUCCACCCAAGGGUACUGCCCAACCAUCCGAAUCAUCCGUCCAUGGUCGCGAGGUUCAUAUGAACAAGCAGCAGCAGGUGCAGAAGGAGAUCCAGGGUGACCUUGAGAUUACCCGCAAGAUAACCGCCACCGAAACAACCGAGGUUGAGCAUAAGGGAACCAUUCAGGAGCGUGUCGUUCAGGGACCCGUGAAACCGUCCAAGGCUCCGGUCUUCACCAAGAAGAUCCAGCCAUGCCGCGUCUUUGAGAACGAGCAGGCCAAAUUUGAGGUGGAAUUCGACGGAGAGCCCAAUCCAACAGUUAAAUGGUACCGUGAGAGUUUCCCCAUCCAGAACUCUCCGGAUCUGCAGAUCCACACCUUUAGCGGCAAGUCGAUUCUGAUUAUCCGCCAAGUGUUCGUCGAGGACUCCGCAGUCUUCUCGUGUGUGGCCGAAAAUCGUGGAGGAACUGCAAAGUGCAGUGCCAAUCUUGUGGUCGAGGAACGCCGUCGCGCCGGAAAGGGUGGCAUUCAGCCGCCUAGCUUUGUGACCACCAUUCAGAGCACCACCGUGGCCACCGGUCAGUUGGCUCGCUUCGAUGCCAAGGUUACGGGCACUCGCCCACUGGACGUUUACUGGCUCAAGAACGGCAUGAAGAUUCAGCCGAGCAUCAAGUUCAAGAUGCUGGAGGAGGACAGUGUUCACACUCUACUUAUUAUCGAGCCGUUCGCCGAGGAUUCCGGCCGCUACGAGUGUGUGGCCGUCAAUGCCGCUGGAGAGGCCCGCUGCGAUGGUGACUGCAUUGUACAGUCGCCCAGCAAACCGGAGAAACCAACCACUCCGGGCAGCGAGAAGGCACCACACAUUGUGGAGCAGCUGAAGAGCCAGUCCGUCGAGGAGGGAAGCAAGGUUAUCUUCCGCUGUCGCGUGGAUGGCAAGCCCACUCCCACCGCCCGCUGGAUGCGUGGCGAGAACUUUGUGAAGCCAUCGCGCUACUUCCAGAUGAGCCGGCAAGGCGAGUACUACCAGCUGGUCAUCUCGGAGGCCUUCCCCGAGGACGAGGGCACCUACAAGUGCGUGGCCGAGAACAAACUGGGCAGCAUUCAGACCAGCGCCCAGCUUAAGGUUCGCCCAAUCGAGAACCUAGACGCCCCGCCCACUAUCACAGCCCUUAAGGAUGUCUCUGUCACCGAGGGCAUGCCCGCUCAGUUUAAGACGACGGUGACCGGCAAGGUGAAAGCCACCAGCGUGCAAUGGUUCCGCGAGGGUCAGCUGAUUCCCGAAACACCGGACUUUCAGAUGAUCUUCGAUGGCAACAGCGCUGUACUCCUGAUUGGCACCACCUACGAGGAGGAUUCGGGCAUCUUUACUGUGCGCGUAACCUCGUCCACCGGCCAGGUCGAAUCCUCAGCCAAACUGACUGUUAAAAAACGACGCAUCUCGGCCUUUCAAUUACGAACGAUUGAUUCCGCCGAGGAUGAGUCCUCUUCCUCUGGUCGGGAGGACAGUGCCCCCGAGUCGCCACACGCUUUCCAACCUGGCCAGCAACCCGGCCAGCAGUUUGGUCAAUUCCUGGGCGUCAACGGGCAGGGUCAGCAUCAGGGAAGGUCGCGGCAGAAGAAGCCCAAGGUACGCAGCAAGUCCCUGCAGCCGGCUACAAAGGUGAUACCAUGGCGCAAGUCAUCGCGUCCCACUCGAGGACGUUCCCUGGACAAGGGAGUCUUCCUGCCAGGCUUCAAGCCUGAGCCUGUUAAGUCCUGGACUGAGGAGACUAUUAGCUUGAAGGCUACGCCGAUUGAAAAGAAGAAGCCUGCACCAAAACUAGAGGCAGCUAAGGUUGCACUGAAGUCCAUCAAGACCGAACGUGAUCAGGGCAUUAUGAGUCUCGGCGCUACACUUGAGCAGAUCAUUGCUGGAAAAACCGAAAAGGAAGCGAUUCCUUGGAUCACUAUGCGUGAAAAACUUAAGGCAGUCGAGAGUGUACAGCAAGAGCUUAACAAAUUCGAUCUAGAUGAGGUCUAUCUGCAACCCCUUGAAGGCCAAAUUGAAACAGAUGAGCAGCUACCACAGCAAGCUCAGGUGGAACAAGUGCAACGCACCAAGGAAAUCCAGCGCCUGAAGAGCAUGGAAAGCGUUGAGAUUAUGGAGAUGACUGACCAGAUCGAUAAGCUGAUUACCCAGCAGCAAAACGCUAAAGACCUCAUUCCCUGGAAGGAGAUGCGCCAGCAGCUCAAGAGUGUCCAACGGGUUACCAAGCAGAUCGACAAGUUCAAGAUUGAGGAAGUCGAGCUCCGUCACCUACAGGCUCAACAAGCUAUUGCGGAGGAGUAUCUGACAGGAACAGCCGAGGAGACUGUGGUCAUGAUUGAUGAGAGCUCCAAGAGCUCGAUCUCUAAAGUAAUGCGUCGCGAUGAACUGCAGCAGUAUGAAGACCAGUCCAAUAUCUAUAGGCAGCAGUUUAUUACCACUGAGGAUGUUAACAUUAUGCAUCUUUCGGAGCGCGAGAAGCUGGAAGCCCAGAGAUUGAUACGCGAACAGCAAGCUGUAAAUUGGCGCCAACAGCAACAGCGCCCUCAGUUGCAGCCCCUGACUUCAGUUGAGGAUACCGUAAUCUCUCAAACUACCGAGAGACAGAAGUUGGUGCAACAGCAGAGCUUCAUCGAGGAGGCCCAGCGUCAGCAGUUUGUGCAGGUCGAGGACUCGAAGAUGAUGAGCCUGGAGCAGUACGAGCACCAAAAGAUGAUAAACCAGCGCACCCAACAAGAAGCGUUUAGCUGGCGGCAGCCACGUGAGCCCCAGAAGUUUAUUCAGGUGGAGGACUCCUCGCUGCUGCACUUACAGGAACGUCAGGAUACGCAGGAACAGCAGCUGCUGCAACAACAGCCUGUAAUGUGGGAUCGUGGCAGAAAGAAGCCCGAUCAACCACAAUAUGUGCAGCCCCAGGCGGAGUCUGUUCAGGAAGAAUACGUGGAGAAGCCAAAAACGUACGAGGAAAUGCACGACGAACUGGUUGAACCAACUCCGGUUCAACAACCUCAGCAGGUACCAGUUAUGUGGGAGCGAGGCAAGAAGAAACCCCAACCCCAGGAGAAGACCUUCGAGGAGGCGCACGACGAGUUGGUUGAACCCACUCCUGUCCAGCAGCCGGAGCCCGUCCCAGUCAUGUGGGAACGCGGCAAGAAGAAGGUGGUUCAACAGGAGACUGUUUUAUCCCAGGAAGUGGUGCAAACUUCUCAGGUAGUCGAACAGCAGAUCGUUGAGGAAACAAAGAAAACUGCCGUUAGACGAGUGAUUCCACCAAGAGAGCCGGAGCAGAAGGUGGAGCAGGUUACCUUGAAGCCAACACCCCGCCCACGUCCUAAGGAGGCUCUGAAGGCUGAGGAGAUCCAAUUGAAACCAUUGAAAAGCACCAGACCCGUACCACAACAAGUGGAGUCGGAACAGAAAGCCUACGAAGAAGCCACGGAUGAGUUGUCUGAAGAACCACUACCUCAAGUACAGGAUCAACCGCAGCCUGUCAUGUGGGAGCGUGGCAAAAAGAAGCCCCAACAACCCGCAGAGCAAGUGCCCGAGAUUCCGAAAACUCUUGAGAUUGCAGUCGACACGCUUGAGGAGGAAGUGCCCAAGCCAACAGAACCGCAACCACAACCUGUUUUGUGGGCGCGUGGCCAGAAGAAACCUCAAAAGGCUGAUGAGCAAAAGCCGGAGCUUCCAAAGAGUCUGGAGAUUGCCGUCGACACUAUAGAAGAGGAUCAUAUUAAGCCCGCUCAACCUGAACCACAACCUGUUCUUUGGGAACGCGGCAAGAAGAAGAAGCCGCAACCUCAAGACGUAGUUGAGGAGAAGAUGGAUGAAGCUCCGACCAAGACAUACGAAGAAGCAGUCGAUGUUUUACCCGAGGAACCUAAGGUUGAGGAGAAGCCAGAGCCUGUCUUAUGGCAGCGUGGUAAGAAGAAGAUUCCCAAGCCGGAGUCCAUUGAAGAAGUGCAUCCCGAUGAGGUAGAUGCCCAAAUAGAGAAGGUAAUUAAGGAAGAUGUAGUUAUUGUUGAAGAAAAACGACGAAUCAAGAAAGCCAAAAAGCCUAGGGCAACUAAAGAAGUUACCGAGGAGUUGGUUGAAGAACAGCCAGAAGAGGAAAUAGCUCCAGAAGAGGAAGUGCCGCAGGAAGAAGUGAUUGAAGAACUGGAGGAAAUUGUUGAAGAAAAACGUAAGAUCAAGAAAACGAAAAAACCUAAACUAAAACAGGACGUGGCCGAAGAGGAAAAACCCGAUGAAGAGGUAAUCGGAGAGUCUGAGGAAGUGGUUCAAGAACAGGAAGAGAUUGUUGAAGAACAGAAAAAGGUCAAGAAGGUUAAGAAACCCAAGACUGUCGCCGAGAAACAAAUCGAAGAAGAAAUCCCUGUGGAGGAGACUGUUGAAGAGGUAGAAACUGCUGAGGUUGUUGUUGAAGAGACCAAAAAGGUUAAAAAGGUAAAGAAACCAACUCGAACCGUUGAAAAGACUGAUGUUGAGGAACUGCCAGUAGAGGAAGUUCCAGAAGAGACAGUUCCAGAAGAUGAGCCCGUCGAGGAGCAGGAGGAGAUCGUUGCCCAAGAAGAAAUCCAGGAGCAAAAGCGAAAGGUCAAAAAGGCAAAGAAGCCCAAGAAGUCUAUAGAAAAGACCGAAGUUGAAGAAGACCAACCAGAAGAGGAUGCUCCCCAAGAAGAAAUAAUUGAGGAGCAGGAAGAAAUAAUAGAAACUGUUCCCGAAGAACCCAAAAAGCCUAAGCCUGCGCCCGAAGAGGAAAAGGUUGAGCAAGUCGAAAAGAUUUCCUUGAAACCUGCUCCAAGGAAACAACGUCCUCUGCCCGAAAAAGAACAAGUGGAGGAGGUCGUGCUUAAGCCAGUGAAAAAGAUUGCUGCUGUCUCGGAACCCGAACAACCCGAAACACCUGAAACCGAAUUUGAGGUGAAAGAGUUUGUCACCACCACUAUAGAGGAUAUAGUGGAUGUAACAAAGAAGCGAGUUAAAAAGAAAAAGCCAAAAACAAAGCUUGCAGCCGAAGAAUCAACUGAAGAACCGGCUGAAGAAACUGAAGAGUUUGAAGAAGAGGAAACACAGCCGGAAGAAGUGCAACCAGUUGAGGAAAUUCCGGAGGAGCAACCAGUAGAGGAAGUUGUUGAACCAAAAACGGCACCCAAGCCGAAGCCCAGAAAAGAAGAAAUCAUCGAAAAGGUUGAAGAAGUUGCUCUUAAGCGAGUUACUCGGCCAAAGAAAGAGCUACCUCAAGAGGCAACCAUCGAGGAGGUGCGAUUGAAGCCUACUCAACGCACUUCUAUCAAGCCCGAAGAGGUCAAACUAGAGGAAGUGGACUUGCAGCAUGUGGAGAGAAAAGAGGAUGAAAUCGUUCAGGAAGAGAAACGAAAGACCCGGAAGGUUAAGAAGCCGAAACACGAAGACCUGCCGGAAAUUCCCGAUGCUGAGCCAACGCAACUGGAAGAGGCUGAACACAUUGACCUUGAGAAGCAGCCAAAGCCUGAAGAAGACCAGCCUCAGGUGCCAUGGAAGAGAGGUGAAAAGAAACAGCCUGUUGAGGAAGUCAUGGAGGAAAAGAAAUGGCCAUCUGGCAAACGCCGUCCACUGCCUGAACAGCAGCCGGAAGAAGUUCAACUAAAGCCAAUUCCAUCUAAGCCAAUUGAAGAACCGCAAAAGCCAGAAAAGGCCAUACCUGGUCCACAACUUGUGCCAGAAGAAAAACCUGAAAGCGAAGAGGAGGAACUGGAACUCGAACCUCUUAAGCUGCCCGAAGAUAAGCAAGUUAAGGAGCCCAAGGUUAAGAAAGAGAAGAAGAAGAAGCCCAAGCUGAAGAAGGCCACACCAUCAGUAGAUGAGGUGUCCGAGGAAGUGGCCGAGCCCUUCGACGAGCCCAUUGCGGAGGAAGAUGAAGUGGAAGAGAUGCCAGUGGACGAUGUCAAGGUCGUGGCAGUGUCGGAAGACGUACUACCUGAAGAGGAAGUUGUGCCCACAGAGGAGACUCCUGAGGCAAAGCAGAAGGCGCACAAGAAGCGCACCAAGCGGCUCAAGGAGGCCUCCGUGGAAGGUCAACCUCAGCUGCUGGAAGCGGCCAUUGCUGAAAUCGAAAAGGUGGAUGAAAUAUCCCAGGAGAUCUCACAAAAGACUAUUACCCUACUCAAGAAGACUGAAGACACAAGACCUCAAUUCAUAACGACUGAGCAGCUUAUCGAGCUGGAUGUGGAGGACGUACGACGCGAUCUGGAAAUGAAGGUCACAUCGAACAUCAUUAAGAAGGAGAAGCGUCGCGUGGUGCUGGACGACAGUCAACCGUUGCCUGAGCUGGAGCUGAUUACCCAGAAACGAAUCCAAGAGGGCAUCGACAAGGUGGCCGAUGAGGAGCUCAUUGAGGACCAGCAGCUUACCCAAAACCAGCAGGAGACGACUACCUCUGAGGUUAUCGGGCAGGAGCGCAAGCUUGUCAAGAAGAAGAAGAAGGAGAUUAAGCCUCCCAGGAUCACCGAGAAAUUGCGCCCACGCCAAUGCGUUCCCGAGGAACCCACCGUGCUAGAGUGCAAAGUGGAAGGAGUUCCAUUCCCAGAAAUCAAAUGGUACUUCAACGAUAUUCUCCUGUUUGCUUCUGAGAAGUACGAGAUCACUGUCAUCGAGCAAGUGGCGAAGCUUAAGAUUGCCAAGGUUACUCCCAGCGAUGUCGGCGUCUAUACAUGCGAGGCCAAGAACGAGGCUGGAGUGGCAACAAGUCGUACCAACAUUAUUUUAGAAAAAGAACAAGGAGUGCCCCCCCAGUUUACAAAACCACUUAAGAUUGAGUUUACUGAGGAGAAGCAGCCCGAGCGGCUUAAGGUUACGGUGACUUGUCAAGUGACAGGAAAGCCCAGUCCUCAGGUCAAAUGGUAUAGAGGAAUUGAGGAAGUUAUACCCAGCGAAACAGUUCAAAUGUUCUAUGAUGAAAAAACCGGCGAUGUGGCCCUGGAGGUUAUCAACCCGACACCCAAUGAAGCAGUUGUCUACUCUGUGCAGGCGCAGAAUCAGUUUGGACGCGCCAUUGGCAAUGCCAAUAUCCUAAGUCGGGUCGAUGAAGUUCCCCGGGAGAUACUGAAGGCUCCUACCGUAACUCCACUGAAUGCUGUUGUUGUACCCACUGGUGGUACACUCUUCUUUGAGGCGAAAUACGAUGGCCUGCCUAGGCCGGAAAUAAAAUGGAUGCGCAAUGGUCGCGAGGUUAUCGAGAAUGAGGAGACCAUCAUAGAAACUACAGAGACAACCACCACAAUAAAGGUAGUCAAUAUGACUCGCAAACGAACUGGCAAAUAUGAAGUGUGGGCUAAGAACAAGGUCGGUGAAGCCAAGUCCUCUGGAUCGGUGGUGGUUUCAGAUCAAAAGCCCGACGAGCAAAUCAGGCCACCUAGAUUUAUUCAGCCUCUGGAGCCCAAAUACUUUGGCGAGCACGAAGUGGCCAUUAUCGAAGCGAUUGUGGACUCUGAGCCAUUAUCGUCCUUCCAAUGGUUUGUGCACAACGAGCCAAUCAAGAGUUCAAACGAAGUGCGUAUCGUUAGCCAGGCCAACAAGUCAACGUUGCUGAUUGAAAAUUUCGAAAGCAAGUUUGUUGGGCCGUUUACUUGCCGCGCCGAGAAUGUGGGUGGAUCGGUAACGUCAACAGCCACCGUUAACCUACUUGAAUCUCUGCCACAAGAGGUGGCCGAGGAAUUUGAGUCGCCGCGCUUUGUUGAGGAACUCAUUCAGCCCGUGGAGGUUAUGGAUGGCGAGGCAUUGCUGCUGACCUGUCAAGUAACAGGAAAGCCCACUCCUAAGGUGGAGUGGUACCACAAUGCAGAGAAGAUCACUGAGAACAAGGAAACUACGAUAUCGCAAGACUUGCAAGGCAUUUGCCAGCUGCAGAUUACGGAAGUUUUCCCCGAAAACGAGGGCCAAUACGAGUGCGUGGCUACAAAUAAAAUUGGCAAGAGCGUCAGCAAGACAAACGUUAAAAUCCAAGCAUUUGAAUAUAUCCCCGAUUCUGAAAUCACUGGACUCACAGGAUCUGAGGAGGAUCUACUUGAUAGAACCCUCUCAAUCGACGAACAAGCUCCGAAAAUUAUUAAAAAACUACCGGAGAAAAUCGAGCCAAAAGAAGGCGAGCAAGCGAAGCUGGAGGUUAAGGUAGUUGGAAAACCAAAACCAAAGGUCAAAUGGCUGCGAGACGACGAGCAGAUAUUCGCCUCCGAGGAAUAUCAGAUCGAAAAUUUCGAAGACGGCACCUCAGUGUUGGUCAUUAACCACGUCUAUCCCGAUGAUUUGGGCACAAUUAGUUUCGAGGCAUACAAUCCACUCGGUGUGGCAGUGACUACGGCGCUCUUUGCGGUCGAAGUAAAGUUCUUUUUCAGAUAUCCGGAGCUGCAUUAUUUUGUAUUUCCCAAUUCUCUCGAGUCCAGCAUCGUUGGUUCGAAGGAUUACCGCAAGCCGGAAUGGGUGUCUCAAAUGGAGGAGAUGCAGGUGGCUCUCAAAGCUGCUAAAUGCUCGCCUUCACUACUAAACGAAAUGCGUGACUGCCGUGCUGCCUUAGGCGAAACAGCCAAGUUCUCGAUACAGUUUGCUGGCAAUCCGAUACCAGAUAUUCAGUGGUAUUUCAACAACGUUCAGCUUAGGGCAUCCGAAAAGUAUCGCAUGGUAGUGCAGGAACAGGAAGCUACGCUAGAAAUACUGAAAAUUACAAACGAAGACUGCGGUUAUUAUAACUGCAAGCUUAUCAAUGAAAUUGGCAUGACGAUGACUCGGGCCAAGUUCGACAUAUCAUCCACGAGCACCAUAGUGGAGGAAACCAAGGCAAAGACUACCGUCAAGAAGAAGUUUGGUAAAAAAACGAUGGUGAAAAGAUCCGGCACAUCAGAGUCUCAGAACGUGCAAAAGACAGAAAUCCGUAUUAUUCCAACUAGCACGGUAGAGACUAGCAUGAAUGUGAUCAAGGUGAAACAACCCAUAUCCAUACUCGUAGAAAAAAGCGAAAUAUCCGAGGUUUUAGAUGUCAAAGAUCGUGAAGUUGCCGAUGCCGAAAAGCGUAGCAGCCAAUUAAUUGAAGAGAUAGAAGAGGAGGAAGAGAUUGAGGAGAAAGUCCAGCAUGACGAGGAGGAUGAAGUUGAGGUGAAAGUAGAGCAGAAGGAAACAUAUACGUCUAGCAAGAAAAUUGAGAUAACUAAAACUGUGGAGCUUAUACGCACAAAAAUUAGCGAAAAAAUCAUAACAAUAGAAGAUAUUCAAGUCCUUUCGCACCAUGAGGAGGUACAAUGGCUGCUCGAGUCCAUCGAGGCCGAGUCUUUUGGCCAAAUUGGCGAGUCUGCCCUCAGAGAUUUGGCAACUAUUGGUCUGCUAUUGCGUUAUGGCUGUGAGCACUACGAAAUCACAUAUAUGUAUGAGCAAAACAUAUUUAUUUCGCUGAAGAAACCAGAGUCCCAAUCGGCCCUGGUGCAGCUCGUCGAACGAGAGGGCCACGAAGAACUGAUCUCCCAAAUACUUAGCGAGUCUUCCAAUGAGGACGAGACCAUCCUAGCAGCAACUGUCGGCUUCAAAGCCUUCAUACGCAUGAUUCAGACGUAUGAAAUCACUAUUGAGAUCGUCAUACGAAAGUUUGUUAGGGAGGACUUCAUAUCACAGGACUGGAAGAUAUGUGGAAAGGAGAGAAUAGUAGAGACUUCGCAAAUAAUUGAAAGUCACGAGGCCAUCACACAUGUGAAAAUAGAGGAAACAUUUGUCGAGGAACGAACGAUAAUUGUCCAAGAAGAAACAGCAACCACUAAAGUGGAAAAACAAUUCAAAAAGCAAGAACAAGAACAUGUGCAAAAUGUAGAACAACAAGAACAAGUGGAAAUUCAGGCUCAGACUAAACAAAUUGUGCAAAUGAACACUAAAAUCAAAAAGCAUAAAAAACACAUACAACAAAAACAGGAUGUUUCGGAGUCAACAAUUCAAUUCGAACAAAAAGAAACACUGGCUCACGAAACUAGCGCGGGUUCACCACAGGCAGAAACUCUUGAACAAAUUGAAGAGUCUCUCCCCACAUACGAAACACUACCCAUACAAAAUCUUUCAACAGACACUCGUGAAACCGUUGCAGUAGCAGUCACCACAGAACUUUCUACUCCAAGCCCAAUUUUGGCUCGGGUACAGGAGGAGAUACUACCUCAAAAGGUAUUGGCUCUCAAUGAAGAGGUUUUACCACUCGAUGAGUUUGGCUUGCGAAAAGAAUCUCCCAUACCCGAAGAAAACAAGCUUACCGAAAAUAUAGAAGUAAGGCUCAAGCAUGCUCUUAAUGUGUCACAAGCAAAGACGGCUGAGUCUCCAAGGGAAUUGCCUUCCAAAAUACCGAAAUCCGUUAAAGCCCAGCGGAAAAUAAAAGAAUCACGUUCUGUGGUGGUUGAAGCUCUAGACGCCGAAGAAGCUAUCGACGAUCUAAAGCCCCUGAAGGCCGUUUCGCAAAAGGUACAUGGCGAUAUAAUAUUCUCGCAUGAGAUAACAGAGGAACAGCACCAUGCACUGGAGACCAUUGAGAAGCUAAAGCCCGCCACUGCCAUUGAGGACACCGUUCAGCAGAAACUACUGAACCAGGAGGAGCUUAUUAUCGCGGAGGUGAUAACCUCCGAAACUGUUGGAAGGGAUGUCACUGAUGUUAGGCCACCGGGUGAAAACAUUUCUCCUGGAGUUACCCCCAACAUGAGCCUUUGCAUUACCGAGUGCCAGCCAGAGGACUCUUUAGGCGAGAUGAAACAAGCUGCUAAAGGUCGUCUGGAGACAUCUUCGACGUCGGUAACUGAAUCUAAGGCAGUUGGUGGACAGGAAGUGGACGUUUUGGAGAGCGUGGACCAUAUGCCAUUUAUAACCCAGCCGACCAAGGGCUUGGCUGAUUUUACCAUUAAAGCCGAGGAGGUUUCAGUUCAGGUGCAAGAAAUUACAACUUUUGAGAGUUUGGAAAGAGAAGCGGUUACCAAGAAACAGACUGCCGAAAGUAAUGCAAUGGAAUUGUUUGAGCUAGCUGAGGGCUUAGUCAGUAUCACCGCAGAUUCGCAUAGUCCAAUCGCCGAGGAUUUGCCUAUUUUUGAGAAAGAUGUAAAAGAAGCCACUAUAGAUAUGCAAACGCAGCACCACGUAACAACUCUCGAAACUGUUUCAAACGAAAAUGCAGUAAAUGACUUGAAAGCAGGUAAUAUUCCGAAAACGGCUGAGGGCACGUUGGGGCAAUCUAGUGCGUUAACUAUUGGGGAAACGCAACAGAUGAACGUAGUAGAAACGGCAGAUGAACUCAUCGAACCAAAUGUUGAAUCAACAAAACCAGCUAAGGGCGCGUUAACAGAGGCAUAUGGCACCGCCGAGAGUAACGAAGAAACCAUCCUCGAAUCACUCGGUUUGGUACCAGACGACAACCGCAAGAUUGCACAAGGGAAAGUAAAUAUUAGUGAAGGGGAGUAUGUGGCAAAAGUUCAUACCACGACGGUGACUGACACAGAGGAAGAAUUUAUUUCCGUAGCUCCAAAACUUGUGGAUGCCAAAUUGGAUUUCAUUGAGCAAUCUGCAUUGCAGAUUAAGCAAAACACAACAGCGGAGAAGGAGGAGAAUCUAUCUCCCGAUACAGAACUGUCUCCACAGUUAGCUAUAUCAAAUAUGUUCCCUGCUGAGCUAAAGGUUACAAGUAUAUACGAAGUUCAACCAGGAGUGACAUCAAGUGAUAUUAUCACGGAGGAAACGAAGCCUGUAUCUGCAAAUCAAGUCUUUGAGGCGAUGUCGAUUGGAGUUGCUAGUAAGCCAGCUAUGUUAGAGAGUACUAGUCACAUUGAACCCUUUCAACAUCCUGAGCUCAAAACGGGGGCCACAAUUCUGGAUGAAAACCAACAACCUUUGGAAGUAACCAACGUGCAGAUAACCGAGACAAGUACGGAUAUUACUGAUGUCUUUCCUAAUCAAAAGCUUACCAAUGCAGAAGCUGUCACCGAUACGUUUAAAUAUGCUGAGGGCCUAGUUGUAAUUUCGAUGGAGUCGACAAGCGACAAAGCCGAGGACACCAAACCGACGGAGGUAAUUGCAGAUAUAAGCAUGCAUCAACAAUUUGGAACAGAUGUUAGAGAACAGGAGCCCCUAGAAAGCACUGAAACUCACAAGGAUGAUCUAAAGCCACAGAUGCAAACAACAGAUAGCCAGUUUGGUUUGCUGCAAUCUCUGGAAACCAGCUCAUGUGUAACCUUAGAGGGAGAAAGCAUUCUAUCAGUUAAAGAGCCCCAUCCUAUUCAAAGCGCUGCUAUUGGAACAACGUCAGCUCUGCAAGUGGCUAACAUUAUGAGGCCCCAGCACAUGGAAACUUUGGAGCGGCUAGAUGUACAGAAGGUGCCUUUCUAUCAGGCAAAUGUUAAUAUUGGGGAAAUCACUUUACCAAACGUUGAGAAAAUCGCUUCGUUUGAUGUCCUAAGCGAUUUGCAUACACCAGGUUACCCAAAAUCAUCUGUGAGUGGUGUACAGUUAAUUGAAAGCACAACAUCUUUAAAAACGACAACAGCGGUUGUAAGUGAAAGAACAGAAGAAUUAAAGGACAUAAAGCUUUCCCAGCCAGUUCAUAUUAAGCCUAGGCCUUAUGAAUCUGAACAGAAAAUCUCUAUUUCCGAGGAGGCAAAUGUUCUAGAGCAUGUUUCUAACUUGAACACUGUAUUACCCACAUUGGAAACGAUUCAAACUUCAAUUAAAAGUUUACACGAGAUAAAUGUAAGAGAGACAGAUAUUUUAGAGAAAGAGGAAUCCCUAAAAGAUAUUGCUCAAACAAGUGGGCAUCUGGUUAAAAUUGUAUUGGACUCCACGACGGGCAUCGCACAAGUUCGACAAGAAGAAACACUAGAGCAAGAGGAGGAUCUUAAAGUUCCCUCAUUACUAUCGGAAAAGGCUAUACCUGCUUCUUCAGAGUUACUUCGUUUGCCUCUAACUGAAUACGUGCAAGCACAACAAGGUAUCGGUGAUAUGGUGGACUUCAAAGUUUCAGACAAAUGUGCAUCUCCUAAAAUUGAUCAUUUGUAUGAAACAAAGUCAUCUGAAACGAUUGUGUACGACUCCUCUACAAAAUUAGUUGACUCUUCGUUCCCAGCUGGCAUAGUGCCUCAAAAAACACUGGUUCCCUAUCAGCAUACAAUGAUGACCGAAAACAUUGCUUUUGAUGCAUCAGAAAAUUUUGAAAUCUUAUCUGCCGAUCAACAAAUCGCAACAAAUGUGCAAGAUAGUUUAAGUCAAUCGAUAAUCGCAGGGGAUCAAACUACAUUCGAGUCAGAACAAAAUCUUGGUCUCGAAACUACCCCAACCCAAAAAGCCAAACUUCUAAAGGAUGAUCGAAAUCUCCAUGCUAAACUCGUGGACGAUGCCACAGUAUAUGAAGCCAUGGGACAGGAACAAAAAGUUGAUAAAUAUAACAUACAGCAAGCGGAGAUCUCUCAAGAUCUACCUAAUGUUUAUUUAACUGAUCUGCAACAAGCUUUUGAAGCAGAAAAAGAUCUUACGAGUCGUGAGCAAUCUUAUGUAGCACCAACAACGGAUAUUAUUCCAUCGCGGCUUGGUUUAGCUAUGACUACAAAGACGCACCCUGUUGAAGAAACUGAUGUUCUGUUAAGUACGCCUCCAAACGCAACGAUUGCGCAGACAAACUAUGAAGAAACAAAACAUGAAGUACAUGUCAGCGAAACCCAAGCGAUAGAGAAAUCCGAAGAACUCACAAAUGCACGUUUGCUUCCUAUUUCCGCUGUCGAGACAAUUGACAUGAUGUUUAAGGUGACAACAGAUUCUCAUCAACCACCAGUUUUCGAUAAGGAGUUAUCAAUAACGACUGUAUCCCCUUUGGAGGCCAAAGCAAAACCAUCUUUGAAUCUACUUCAAGGCGCCACCACAAUCGAUGUCAUUCCCUUAGAAUCAUCCGUACAUAUUAAAGAUACUCAUGUCGCUGUGCAAAAGGCGCAACAGGAGUAUGUCACUCAGGUGGAGUCAAAUAAAGUUCAAGUUCAAAUGGAUAACCUAGUUAUGCAUAAGGAAGAUAUUUUUGAAAAUGCCGAAAUGAAGGAUUUUGCUAAACCAAUCACUGAAGGCACGCAGCAGGAAACAGUUGUUACUGAAGUGGUGCCAAUAGAUAAUGUGGGUGGUAUUCAUUUAGCCCCAGAGCCAUCUACAUUUUUAGCCACCUUUACAUCUACCGAUACACUCAAUCAAUCGCACAUUAUAGAUGCACAAGUUCCUUUAGAAAUGGAAAGUGAAGUUAAAGCUGUAUACGACAAAAUUGCUCAAGCUAAGGUCAAAUCAGCUGAAGUCCAAGUACAUACAAACGUGUCUGAAGUCAAUGCUUACGAACAAACUAAAGCCAUUCAAGAUCAAAACAAGAAAGGAUUAUUUGUUACAGUAUCAACGGAUUCUGAUAUAAGCAAUGCCCAUUUGACAACAAUACACUCGACAUUCUUAAAAGAGGACAUCCUACCCAAACCUAACAUUCUUCAGGAUACAGCUCAAGCUGCUAAUGUUGAACUUCAAUCUUUGGUAACCGAAGAAGUUGUGAGCGUGAGGUCUAUCCAAGAAUCAUAUGAACUUCAAAUUCCAAUAGAAAAAACAGCUAACGUUACUCAGCAAACUCCACAGAACUCAGUAAAUGUUUGUCAGCAACUUGCUUAUGAACAAACUCCUGAUAUAGCGUUUGAGCCGCACGUAUUAACGCGUGCAACCUCUAGCGCUGUAAAGACAGAUCUUGAGCCAGUCGAAAACGAAACCGUUUAUAUUUAUGAAAACAUUGAAGGGCAUGGUAAUUUUAUGCCGGAUACCGCAAACCUCACUUCAAACUUGGAAUCAGAAUUGGUAGUUUCGAUAGUGGAAGAGGUGACGUCGGUACCAUCCUUGGGCAGCCUUGCAACGGUCGAACCCCAAGAGCUAAAAUCAGUGUCAGUUACAAAAUCAUCAGUCACAACAGAACAACCCACCAAGUGUAUUGCAGAAGCCAGUCAGAUUUGUACAAAGCCAACCAUAACAGAAGCAACCUUAGAAAAUGCUUUACAAACAUCACAAUUUGCAUCAGAGUCGAUCCUUGAAAUUUCACCACUGAUUUCCCAAAAUGCACACUUUGAAACAAGAACACACGAAGAGGCAUAUUCAACGACCACUGAGUCACAAGCAACAAUACACGCUUUAGGAGAUGACAUUGAUAGUACUCAAAAGAAAAUAUUGCAGGAUGUUCAAAAGUUUAAAAAUUUUGCGACAGACCAAACGGUAAAAGUCGAAAAGGAUACAAAUCAAACCACAGACACAACACACAUAAAACAAAUAACACCAACACAAAUAUUAGAAUCCAGCUCGAAUCAAAUCACAGAAUCGCCAGAAAUUAUAAAAACUAUUGAAACAAUAUCUGAAGACGGCUCCCCGAAAAAAAAGAUGAUUCGAACUCGUUUAAUAAAAAAGGUCAAGGGUGACAAGCAAGAAGUCACCAAGAUUGAAACUGUCGAGGAGGACGACAAGCAACCCGAGACAACGGUUACCGUUGAAGAACUUCCGUUUGAAGAAGAGAAGCCUGAAGAAAUUCAAGAGCUUCCAGAGGAGGUUCGAGUCGUUGAAACCAUUACGGAAGAUGGCAAGCCUAAGAAGAAGAAGAUCCGCACUCGCGUAAUCAAGAAGGUCAAGGGUGACAAGCAAGAAGUUACCAAGAUUGAAACUGUCGAGGAGGACGACAAGCAACCCGAGACAACGGUUACCGUUGAAGAACUUCCGUUUGAAGAAGAGAAGCCUGAAGAAAUUCAAGAGCUUCCAGAGGAGGUUCGAGUCGUUGAAACCAUUACGGAAGAUGGCAAGCCUAAGAAGAAGAAGAUCCGCACUCGCGUAAUCAAGAAGGUGAAGGGUGACAAGCAAGAAGUCACCAAGAUUGAAACUGUCGAGGAGGACGACAAGCAACCCGAGACAACGGUUACCGUUGAAGAACUUCCGUUUGAAGAAGAGAAGCCUGAAGAAAUUCAAGAGCUUCCAGAGGAGGUUCGCGUCGUUGAAACCAUUACGGAAGAUGGCAAGCCUAAGAAGAAGAAGAUCCGCACUCGCGUAAUCAAGAAGGUCAAGGGUGACAAGCAAGAAGUCACCAAGAUUGAAACUGUCGAGGAGGACGACAAGCAACCCGAGACAACGGUUACCGUUGAAGAACUUCCGUUUGAAGAAGAGAAGCCUGAAGAAAUUCAAGAGCUUCCAGAGGAGGUUCGAGUCGUUGAAACCAUUACGGAAGAUGGCAAGCCUAAGAAGAAGAAGAUCAGCACUCGCGUAAUUAAGAAGGUCAAGGGUGACAAGCAAGAAGUCACCAAGAUUGAAACUGUCGAGGAGGACGACAAGCAACCCGAGACAACGGUUACCGUUGAAGAACUUCCGUUUGAAGAAGAGAAGCCUGAAGAAAUUCAAGAGCUUCCAGAGGAGGUUCGCGUCGUUGAAACCAUUACGGAAGAUGGCAAGCCUAAGAAGAAGAAGAUCCGCACUCGCGUAAUCAAGAAGGUCAAGGGUGACAAGCAAGAAGUCACCAAGAUUGAAACUGUCGAGGAGGACGACAAGCAACCCGAGACAACGGUUACCGUUGAAGAACUUCCGUUUGAAGAAGAGAAGCCUGAAGAAAUUCAAGAGCUUCCAGAGGAGGUUCGCGUCGUUGAAACCAUUACGGAAGAUGGCAAGCCUAAGAAGAAGAAGUUCCGCACACGCGUGAUUAAGAAGGUCAAGGGUGACAAGCAAGAAGUCACCAAGAUUGAAACUGUCGAGGAGGACGACAAGCAACCCGAGACAACGGUUACCGUUGAAGAACUUCCGUUUGAAGAAGAGAAGCCUGAAGAAAUUCAAGAGCUUCCAGAGGAGGUUCGCGUCGUUGAAACCAUUACGGAAGAUGGCAAGCCUAAGAAGAAGAAGAUCCGCACUCGCGUAAUCAAGAAGGUCAAGGGUGACAAGCAAGAAGUCACCAAGAUUGAAACUGUCGAGGAGGACGACAAGCAACCCGAGACAACGGUUACCGUUGAAGAACUUCCGUUUGAAGAAGAGAAGCCUGAAGAAAUUCAAGAGCUUCCAGAGGAGGUUCGCGUCGUUGAAACCAUUACGGAAGAUGGCAAGCCUAAGAAGAAGAAGAUCCGCACUCGCGUAAUCAAGAAGGUCAAGGGUGACAAGCAAGAAGUCACCAAGAUUGAAACUGUCGAGGAGGACGACAAGCAACCCGAGACAACGGUUACCGUUGAAGAACUUCCGUUUGAAGAAGAGAAGCCUGAAGAAAUUCAAGAGCUUCCAGAGGAGGUUCGAGUCGUUGAAACCAUUACGGAAGAUGGCAAGCCUAAGAAGAAGAAGAUCCGCACUCGCGUAAUCAAGAAGGUCAAGGGUGACAAGCAAGAAGUCACCAAGAUUGAAACUGUCGAGGAGGACGACAAGCAACCCGAGACAACGGUUACCGUUGAAGAACUUCCGUUUGAAGAAGAGAAGCCUGAAGAAAUUCAAGAGCUUCCAGAGGAGGUUCGCGUCGUUGAAACCAUUACGGAAGAUGGCAAGCCUAAGAAGAAGAAGUUCCGCACACGCGUGAUUAAGAAGGUCAAGGGUGACAAGCAAGAAGUCACCAAGAUUGAAACUGUCGAGGAGGACGACAAGCAACCCGAGACAACGGUUACCGUUGAAGAACUUCCGUUUGAAGAAGAGAAGCCUGAAGAAAUUCAAGAGCUUCCAGAGGAGGUUCGAGUCGUUGAAACCAUUACGGAAGAUGGCAAGCCUAAGAAGAAGAAGAUCCGCACUCGCGUAAUCAAGAAGGUCAAGGGUGACAAGCAAGAAGUCACCAAGAUUGAAACUGUCGAGGAGGACGACAAGCAACCCGAGACAACGGUUACCGUUGAAGAACUUCCGUUUGAAGAAGAGAAGCCUGAAGAAAUUCAAGAGCUUCCAGAGGAGGUUCGCGUCGUUGAAACCAUUACGGAAGAUGGCAAGCCUAAGAAGAAGAAGAUCCGCACUCGCGUAAUCAAGAAGGUCAAGGGUGACAAGCAAGAAGUCACCAAGAUUGAAACUGUCGAGGAGGACGACAAGCAACCCGAGACAACGGUUACCGUUGAAGAACUUCCGUUUGAAGAAGAGAAGCCUGAAGAAAUUCAAGAGCUUCCAGAGGAGGUUCGCGUCGUUGAAACCAUUACGGAAGAUGGCAAGCCUAAGAAGAAGAAGAUCCGCACACGCGUGAUUAAGAAGGUCAAGGGUGACAAGCAAGAAGUCACCAAGAUUGAAACUGUCGAGGAGGACGACAAGCAACCCGAGACAACGGUUACCGUUGAAGAACUUCCGUUUGAAGAAGAGAAGCCUGAAGAAAUUCAAGAGCUUCCAGAGGAGGUUCGCGUCGUUGAAACCAUUACGGAAGAUGGCAAGCCUAAGAAGAAGAAGAUCCGCACUCGCGUAAUCAAGAAGGUCAAGGGUGACAAGCAAGAAGUCACCAAGAUUGAAACUGUCGAGGAGGACGACAAGCAACCCGAGACAACGGUUACCGUUGAAGAACUUCCGUUUGAAGAAGAGAAGCCUGAAGAAAUUCAAGAGCUUCCAGAGGAGGUUCGAGUCGUUGAAACCAUUACGGAAGAUGGCAAGCCUAAGAAGAAGAAGAUCCGCACUCGCGUAAUCAAGAAGGUCAAGGGUGACAAGCAAGAAGUCACCAAGAUUGAAACUGUCGAGGAGGACGACAAGCAACCCGAGACAACGGUUACCGUUGAAGAACUUCCGUUUGAAGAAGAGAAGCCUGAAGAAAUUCAAGAGCUUCCAGAGGAGGUUCGCGUCGUUGAAACCAUUACGGAAGAUGGCAAGCCUAAGAAGAAGAAGAUCCGCACUCGCGUAAUCAAGAAGGUCAAGGGUGACAAGCAAGAAGUCACCAAGAUUGAAACUGUCGAGGAGGACGACAAGCAACCCGAGACAACGGUUACCGUUGAAGAACUUCCGUUUGAAGAAGAGAAGCCUGAAGAAAUUCAAGAGCUUCCAGAGGAGGUUCGCGUCGUUGAAACCAUUACGGAAGAUGGCAAGCCUAAGAAGAAGAAGAUCCGCACACGCGUGAUUAAGAAGGUCAAGGGUGACAAGCAAGAAGUCACCAAGAUUGAAACUGUCGAGGAGGACGACAAGCAACCCGAGACAACGGUUACCGUUGAAGAACUUCCGUUUGAAGAAGAGAAGCCUGAAGAAAUUCAAGAGCUUCCAGAGGAGGUUCGCGUCGUUGAAACCAUUACGGAAGAUGGCAAGCCUAAGAAGAAGAAGAUCCGCACUCGCGUAAUCAAGAAGGUCAAGGGUGACAAGCAAGAAGUCACCAAGAUUGAAACUGUCGAGGAGGACGACAAGCAACCCGAGACAACGGUUACCGUUGAAGAACUUCCGUUUGAAGAAGAGAAGCCUGAAGAAAUUCAAGAGCUUCCAGAGGAGGUUCGCGUCGUUGAAACCAUUACGGAAGAUGGCAAGCCUAAGAAGAAGAAGAUCCGCACUCGCGUAAUCAAGAAGGUCAAGGGUGACAAGCAAGAAGUCACCAAGAUUGAAACUGUCGAGGAGGACGACAAGCAACCCGAGACAACGGUUACCGUUGAAGAACUUCCGUUUGAAGAAGAGAAGCCUGAAGAAAUUCAAGAGCUUCCAGAGGAGGUUCGAGUCGUUGAAACCAUUACGGAAGAUGGCAAGCCUAAGAAGAAGAAGAUCCGCACUCGCGUAAUCAAGAAGGUCAAGGGUGACAAGCAAGAAGUCACCAAGAUUGAAACUGUCGAGGAGGACGACAAGCAACCCGAGACAACGGUUACCGUUGAAGAACUUCCGUUUGAAGAAGAGAAGCCUGAAGAAAUUCAAGAGCUUCCAGAGGAGGUUCGCGUCGUUGAAACCAUUACGGAAGAUGGCAAGCCUAAGAAGAAGAAGAUCCGCACUCGCGUAAUCAAGAAGGUCAAGGGUGACAAGCAAGAAGUCACCAAGAUUGAAACUGUCGAGGAGGACGACAAGCAACCCGAGACAACGGUUACCGUUGAAGAACUUCCGUUUGAAGAAGAGAAGCCUGAAGAAAUUCAAGAGCUUCCAGAGGAGGUUCGCGUCGUUGAAACCAUUACGGAAGAUGGCAAGCCUAAGAAGAAGAAGAUCCGCACACGCGUGAUUAAGAAGGUCAAGGGUGACAAGCAAGAAGUCACCAAGAUUGAAACUGUCGAGGAGGACGACAAGCAACCCGAGACAACGGUUACCGUUGAAGAACUUCCGUUUGAAGAAGAGAAGCCUGAAGAAAUUCAAGAGCUUCCAGAGGAGGUUCGCGUCGUUGAAACCAUUACGGAAGAUGGCAAGCCUAAGAAGAAGAAGAUCCGCACUCGCGUAAUCAAGAAGGUCAAGGGUGACAAGCAAGAAGUCACCAAGAUUGAAACUGUCGAGGAGGACGACAAGCAACCCGAGACAACGGUUACCGUUGAAGAACUUCCGUUUGAAGAAGAGAAGCCUGAAGAAAUUCAAGAGCUUCCAGAGGAGGUUCGCGUCGUUGAAACCAUUACGGAAGAUGGCAAGCCUAAGAAGAAGAAGAUCCGCACUCGCGUAAUCAAGAAGGUCAAGGGUGACAAGCAAGAAGUCACCAAGAUUGAAACUGUCGAGGAGGACGACAAGCAACCCGAGACAACGGUUACCGUUGAAGAACUUCCGUUUGAAGAAGAGAAGCCUGAAGAAAUUCAAGAGCUUCCAGAGGAGGUUCGAGUCGUUGAAACCAUUACGGAAGAUGGCAAGCCUAAGAAGAAGAAGAUCCGCACUCGCGUAAUCAAGAAGGUCAAGGGUGACAAGCAAGAAGUUACCAAGAUUGAGACUAUCGAGGAGGACGACAAGCAACCCGAAACAACGGUCACCGUUGAAGAACUUCCGUUUGAAGAAGAGAAGCCUGAAGAAAUUCAAGAGCUUCCAGAGGAGGUUCGCGUAGUCGAAACCAUUACGGAAGAUGGCAAGCCUAAGAAGAAGAAGAUCCGCACACGCGUGAUUAAGAAGGUCAAGGGUGACAAGCAAGAAGUCACCAAGAUUGAAACUGUCGAGGAGGACGACAAGCAACCCGAGACAACGGUUACCGUUGAAGAACUUCCGUUUGAAGAAGAGAAGCCUGAAGAAAUUCAAGAGCUUCCAGAGGAGGUUCGCGUCGUUGAAACCAUUACGGAAGAUGGCAAGCCUAAGAAGAAGAAGAUCCGCACACGCGUGAUUAAGAAGGUCAAGGGUGACAAGCAAGAAGUCACCAAGAUUGAAACUGUCGAGGAGGACGACAAGCAACCCGAGACAACGGUUACCGUUGAAGAACUUCCGUUUGAAGAGGAGAAGCCUGAAGAGAUUCAAGAGCUUCCAGAGGAGGUUCGCGUCGUUGAGACCAUUACGGAAGAUGGCAAGCCGCAAAAGAAGAAGAUCCGCACUCGCGUGAUUAAGAAGGUCAAGGGUGACAAGCAAGAAGUCACCAAGAUUGAAACUGUCGAGGAGGACGACAAGCAACCCGAGACAACGGUUACCGUUGAAGAACUUCCGUUUGAAGAGGAGAAGCCUGAAGAGAUUCAAGAGCUUCCAGAGGAGGUUCGCGUCGUUGAGACCAUUACGGAAGAUGGCAAGCCGCAAAAGAAGAAGAUCCGCACUCGCGUGAUUAAGAAGGUCAAGGGUGACAAGCAAGAAGUCACCAAGAUUGAAACUGUCGAGGAGGACGACAAGCAACCCGAGACAACGGUAACAGUCGAAGAAACUGAAUUAAGUGCUCCCAGUGUUGGCAGAGUUCAACUUAAAAAAAGAGUAAUCGUUCAAAAACCCGAAGAUGCUGUUACGGUGUUUGAAUUGCCCGAGCGGAAAUCAGUUAUACUUUCAGAAAAAGAAGAUGGAACUCCAACCAAAACUGUUAUUAAAACAAGAAUUAUUAAAAAGAUUCAAGGGCCGAACAUGGAGGUGACAAAAGUUGAAACCGUUGAGGAGUAUGAAAAAGCACCACAAACUAAAGUAUCGGUAGAAAAGUUUAAUAUGCCAUUCCCGGAGCUUCCUGAAGAAAGGGUAUCUGAAGUAGUUGUGUUACCUGAUGAAGUUUUUGAGUCUGAAGCUGUUGAUAAUGAAGGACGUUUAAAAAUUAUUAAAACCAAGAAGCGUGUCAUUAAAAAACCUGCACUCGAUAAUACUGAAGAAGUAACUGAAAUAGGAAUUAUUGAACAAGACGAUACGGAGCCUAUAUAUUCAGUUAAAACACAUGAACGACCCUUAACUGAAUCGAAGCCAGAGGACGGUAAAUUAAUCGAGCUGCCCGAACAUGUGACAGAACUAAAAGUAAUUAUGCCGGAUGGGAAGAAAAAGAAAAAGACCAUUAAGUCCAGAGCUUUUAAAAAGAGCCUUGAAGAUGAUCUUGACGAAGUUACAACAAUCCAUAUAAUAGAGGAGGAAGAUAAGGAACCACUAACUACAGUGAACAUAGAAGUUGUGCCUUCUGAUGAGAUAUCAAUCACGCCCACACCGAUAGAAGAACUUCCCGAGGAAACCGUAUUUACCGAAGAAUUAGAUGAGAAUAAGAAGCCAAAGAAGAAAACUACAAAAACACGAACAUUUAAGAAGCGAGGUCCAGAUGACGAUGAAUAUUUCCAAAUUCAAACAAUAGAUGAGGAAGGCAAGGAGCCCAUCUCUCUUAUUCGAGUUGUUAGCGAUGAAAAUAUUGCUGAUAUUAUCGAUAUUAGUAAACUUGAUGAUGAAAAGGUUUCAAAACACAAACAAAAGCCACACAAGCAUAAGGUGGAUAAACCAAAGGCCGGUAACACAGAAACGGAACACCCAGUUUACAUUACGACAUUUAAGUCUGUACAAAACGAAGAUGGAGAAACAACCAUACAAACUGAAAACAAGCGAAUUUCUCAGGAGGAAGGCAUCGUUGUUGAGGAAGUCCUCAGCGAUACAGAACUCAUUCCAGAAGACAAAACACAAUUACACCUUGAAAUAACCGAAGUCAGCGAACCAACAGACCAAUACUACAAAGAGUACACUAUCACUGAACCUGAAGAGGCAAGUGCAGACGCUAUACAAAAACCAACUAAAGACAAUACACCAAAACAGAAAAAGACCAUAGAAACUCCAAUUGAGGAAGUUGACGAGACUGUUAUCGUUGAAGAGGGUACCGGGGAACAGACUAACCAGACAGCUAUGAAACGAAAACCAAAAAAGGUUAAGGGUAACGUACAGGUAGAGGUUGUUGAUGAGAAACCAAGUGAAAAGAAGGAAAAGGCAAAGAAAAAGAAAGUGGUCAAAACAAAACGAGAUGAAAUGGAUGACUACAUACAAUUUCUCAUACAUCAAGAAAUCCCAAAGACUGUUCUACAACCGUAUCAUCGCACCGAAAUGGAACUUCCUCAAAGAGCACGUCGUGACUCUUCCUUUAAACAACCAGUCAAGCUUACUCCAAUGAAAAUUGAGAAAGUCGAGAUUAAAAAGCCCAAAAUGGUUGAAAUAAGUUCGGUAGUGGAGUUCCCACAAAUGCUCAAACUUAAAGCCCCUAAACAACGUCCACAGGAAGAGAAAAAGAAGAAGAAUGAAGCUUCAUUCAAAAACAAAAAAUUAAAGAGUUGGAUCAGAUUUAUACCAUAUGCACCAUACUGUUUCCCAUAUGUAGUUACCGAAUUAGAAACUAUCCGCGAAGUAGGAGAACUUUCACGAAAUGUUGCCGAAGCAGAAGAGGUAUUAAAGCUGCGUCCAAGGAAAUUUAAGCAUUCGAAGCCCGAAAAGGCUGAACUUGAAGAAGCCGAUCUAGAGGCAUUUGAAUCUGAUCAUUCCGAAAAAUCUAACAAGGAACUAUUACACCCGAAAUACAAGCGCGCCAAAAAGCAAAAGAGCGAAACUCCGGAUGAAUUAAGGAAACUUAAGCUUGGAAAAGGUAAUGUUCCUCAAAAUGAGGAAGCAUCUGAGGAAGUUCAUUUGAAACCAAUUAAGCCUGAUAUAGCAGAGACUACAGAUGGUGAAAAGCCUGUUAAGACACAGGAAGAUGAAGUUGUCAAGAAGAAGAAGACCAAAAAGAGCUCCAAGCCUGAAGAAGGACUUCAACUGGAACCCAUUGAAUUUAAAGAGAUGGAGGGAACCUCUGAGAUCCCAGAAGAAUCCGACACAUCUGUGUCUGUAGAUACUACCACCCAGGAGAAACCUAUAUAUAAAAAGAAAAAGAAGGUGACUCCUAGUACAGAGGGAAACCAGUACGAAAUAUUACCAGGGGAACCUAGGAAACUUGAAGAAAGCCCUGAAGAUGACCUUAAUCUGCGCAAACGACAAGGUGAAAGGCCUGAUAAUGAAAUGACAGAUAUCAAGCUCAAACCAUAUUAUAAGUUCGAAGUGCUUGAUCUGGAACCCGAAGGCGUCCAAGCUGAAACAGUACCUUUUAUUGAAUUAAUAGCAAAGGAACCCAAGAAAAAACGAAAGAUAAAGGUUAAGACGGAACAAGAAGAUAACACCAUUGAAAUCGUACCACUUUCACCUGUGGAUAACGAUGAACCAAUCUUUGAAAUUACAGUCACAAGCUCAGAAAUUCUUCAAGAGGACGCAAAAACCAACAAAAUUGUUAAGAAAAAGGUAAAGCGAAUGAAUAAACAGGAAUUGGAUGAUUUUGUUACAGAGUUACAAGAGGAGCCAAAUCAGAAGGUAUAUGAGACUAGCAUGUCUGAUUUCUAUGAAGUAAAGUUGACCGAAUUGCCGUCAGAAACAGACAAAGAUAAGCCUAAGAAACGCAGGUUAAAACAUGAAAAGGGCGAUGAAGUGAAAGUUGUGGAAAUUGUUGAAGGCGUGGUGGCACCCGGUGUAGAGCCUUUCUAUGAAAUAACUGUAAUAUCUAGUGAAAAUACUGAAGAAGAAAGUGGAGAGAUGACAACUGAUAAGAUCAAAAAGAAAUCCAGGAAAAUUAAAAAGGAUGAGCUCGAUGCAUAUAUACAGCAGUUGAUCAAUGCCGAAAUCCCAGUAACAGAACUAGAAAAAUAUGAAAAAAUCGAUGUAGAUGGUAAGGCGAAAAAACCUAAAAAGCAAAAGCCAAAGCCAGAGAAAGCAUUGAUUGAUGAAGGCGAAACUCUUCAAGUUGGAGUCACAGAGCAUGAGCCAACUAAAAAAUCAAAAACAAGAAAACAGGAGUUAAAGAAAACUGUAAAAGAAAAAGAAUUGAAUGAACACGAAGAAGUUCCAGAACACGACGAGUUCCUUAUCAACAAGAUUGAGUCGGAACGUCCUCAAGAUGAAAGCAUUGAAGAAACGGAAAAAGAAAUUUUGCCGGUCGUAGAUAAAGUCUUGGCAGAUUUAAGUGAUAGCCUACCUUUCGUUGUUGUUGAGGAAGAUUUCAAGAAUAUGCCAUUGGACGAUGUUGUAAUUCCUUUGGAAGAUGAGAAAAUACUAAGAAAACGAAAGGUCAGAGCUAAAAAGGACUCGAAAUUAUACGAAAUCGAAAUUAUUGAAACCGAAAAACCAGGUGACAAGCCUGAUGAAGCAAAGGUUAUAGUUAUAACGACAGAAGUUUCUGGUGAUACAAUUGACGGACCCGCUUUAUCUACUUCUGAGGCACCGAAAAAAUCUGUUAGAAAGGUUAAGAAAGAGAAGCUUAAAGAAUUCAUUGUCAAAAUAGUCGAGGAAGCCCCAUUAGAUGACGUCUCUGAAAUAUGUGAAGAGGUUUCCAGACCUCUUGCCAGAAAAAUCUCGGAGAAUGAGGAUAUUAGUUCAUUUACAACUACGGUAAUUGAGGAGCAAAUAGUAAAACCUUUUCUGACAGAAAAAACAAAAACGGUGGACGACGUUCGCCUGAAAAAAGACAAGAAAAAGAAAACUGAUAAUCAGCAAAAGAUAAAAACAUCCGACUUUGAACCUACUCCAACUUCAGAAGAUUCAACAAUUGCGGAAUAUACUCCAAAGAUUUCAGAAAAGGAUGAAAAUCCUCAAACGGACGAAUAUUUGGUAGAAGUAAAGGAAAGUUUGCCAAAAACCAAAAAGAAAUCAGCAAAGAAGCAAAAAGAGGAAUCCCUCGCUGAGCCUAUAUCGCUUUAUACCAUUCGUAUUGAGGAGUCGACCCCAGAAACUUUCACCAAAAAAAUAGAUGAAGACGGUAAGGAAGUUGUACGUGUCAUUAAUAAGAGAAAAAUUAUUAAGAAAGAGGGACCGAGGGAAUAUCUAAUCGAAGUUACUGAAACAUAUGAAGAUAACAAGCCAGAAGCAGAUGUUUUAGUUCGGACCACUGAGACAACGCCCUCAAUCGAUUCCACGCCUCAGGAACACCACAAGAUAAAAAUCGUACAGAAAAAGAAGCCAAAGACCGAAAACCUGGACAAUUAUGUUCUAAAACUAAUAGAUGAAGAAAUUCCUCAUCAAGAAAAUGAAGAAUUUGAACCCACUUUAUUGGAGACCUCUCCAGAGUCUAAAAAGGGAAAGAAAAUUAAGAAACAUCACAAAAAAACUAGCGAGGUUAUCGACGGCAUUCCGAUUACUGUAUAUGAGGUAACAAUACAAGAGAGUGAAACUGAUGAAGAUGAUUAUAAGCCAGAUGAAUACACUUUAGUGAAAACUGAUCAUGAGGAUAUAGAGGACGCUUCCAAGGACCUGAAAACAAAAGUCUCAAAAGAAAAGCCUAAGUCAAUGAAAGAUAAAUCGUUAAAGUUCCAAGUAGCUGAGGAAGACAACCCUCAACCAGUAAUUGAAGAUAUCUCGGAGGAUGUACAAGUUGUACAAAUUAUUGAAGAAGACGGCACACCAAAACACGUUGAAAUUAAGAAAAAGAAGGUUUCCCGCAAACAGGGUCCAAGGGAACAAAUCUUUGAAAUUACUGAGAAAAAAACUGGCGAUGAACCUUUAUCUGAAGUAACUAUUGUGGAGAUUACAGAAGAACGGCCUCAAGAAGAAGUCUUAGCGGUUCAAGAGAAGAAAUCAAUUAAAAAACAAAAGAAACUAAGGCCUGAAGAUGUCAAUAGUUAUGUUAUCAAAGUCCUUGAGGAGUCAGCUGAACCCAUUCGAUUCGAUAAACUUACGGAAGACGCAGAUGACAAGCCACAACCAGUUAUGGAAAAUAUUUCCGAAGAUGUACAGGUGGUGCAAAUUGUUGAAGAAGACGGCACACCAAAACAGGUUGAAAUUAAGAAAAAGAAGGUUUCUCGCAAACAUGGUCCAAAGGAACAAAUCUUUGAGAUAACCGAAACAAAAGCUAGUGAUCAACCUUUAGCUGAGGUAACAAUUGUAGAAGUAACGGAAGAAGGCUUAAGUGAAGACGUUCUGAUACCUAAAGAAAAGAAAACAGUUAAGAAGCUAAAGAAACUGAAGCCUGAAGAUAUCCAAAGCUAUGUCAUUAAUGUUUUGGAAGAGUUUAAUGAACCUGAUUGGCAUGAUAAUGCCGAAAAACCAAUAAUUAUGGACAUUGCAGAAUGCGUUGAAAUUGUUCCAGUAACUGAAGAAGAUGGCAUAACUAAGGAGGUUGAGGUUAAGAAGAAAAAGGUUUCCCGGAAACAAGGUACGAAAGAACAAGUUUUUGAAAUCAUCGAGACAAAAACUAGUGACGAACCUUUGGCUGAAGUUACAAUCCUCGAGCUUUGUGGUGACAAAUCUCAAGAAGACAUUAUUUUACCGCAGGAAAAGAAACCAAUCAAGAAAACAAUUAAAUUGAAGCCUGAAGACGUCGAAAGCUAUGUCGUUAAUGUUUUGGAAGAGUUUUGUGAGCCUCAAAACUUUGAGAUAACUGAGCCUACUGAGGAAGACGCUUUUGAAACUAGAACAAAACACAAAAAGCCCAAGAAGCCGAUUGAGAAAGCACUAGAAAAUGUCAUCCUUAUAGAAGAAAUGGCUCCUGAAACGGUUAUAGAAAAUAUUGUGAACGAAAAUGGAGAAGAAGUUAAACAGGUUAAAACAAUCAAGAAACUUAAGAAAAAGGAGGGCCCUAAAGAGUAUCUCAUUGAAAUAAAAGAAACUUAUGAAGAAAAUAAGCCAGAAGGCGACAUUGAAAUAACAACUACGGAGUUGGCUCCUGAGAACACUUCUGAUGCCUCUGAUGAUCAACCAGUCCUUGUUCUCCAGAAAGUGAAAAAGAAGAAGCCUGUCAAAGACGAUCUUGACAAAUACAUACAGCAGUUAAUCGAACAGGAAAUCACAAAAACACCUCUAGAAGAAUAUGAACCAACCGAAAUGGAUUCGAAAAAGAAGCCCAAAAAGAAGGUGAAAUCUCACAACAAAAAAACCAUUGAAGUUGUUGAUGGGUUACCAGUUACCAUUCACGAGUUCAAUGUGGAGGACAUCGUUCCAGAACCUGAGGACAUAGAAAAACCAGAAAGUUUGUUAGAGGAAAUCAAGGAAAUACCACAACUGCCAGACGAUUCUACCAAUUACCUUAUAAACAUUUCUGAUGAAUUUUCUGAAGCGGAUAAGCCAAUAAAACAGCCUACUGAGGAGGAACCCAUAAAAAAAGAGAAGCCAUUAAAAAAGAAAAAGAACGUUGAGAGCCCUGUAUCAUUGGAAACAUAUGAUCACACUGUUGAAGUCGUUGCUGAACCCACAUUGGAAGGAACUGUUAAAGAAGUAACUGUCAAGAAACGCAAGGUAUCGCGUAGAAAGGGGUCUAAAGAUCACAUCUUUGAAAUUACGGAAACCACAAGUGAAGAUCGGCCCACUGCUGAAGUACAGUUAGAAGACUUAGUUCUGAAGAAAACGAAGUAUGAAAGAAGGUUAAAAAAAAAGAAAAAAGAUGAAAAUAUAAUUAAUAUUAUCGAAGAAUUCAUACAGCCAAUUCCAGUUGGCCUAGUUGAAGGUGAAGUAGAAAAGGUCCAGGAGGAAAAAUCUAAAAAACCUAAGAAAACUCCAACAACGUACAUAGCCACAGAACAAGAAGACAAUGAUAACGAUGUCGCUGCGUUGGUUAGGGAAGACUUAGAGCCAACUAUUGAGGGCGGUUUAGAGAUGCCUUCAGAAUCACUUGAAUUUACCAUUAGUGUUAAAGAACAACCUGAGGGGGAAGAACAAAAACAACCUAAGCCGAAAAAGAUAACCAAGCCAAAGUCCAUCAAGCAGCCUGUUGUAGAUCAAAGCCUAGACUAUCUUAUUAGGGUGGUAUCUGAAGAAAGCAUAAAAGAUGAACCAGUCCCUGAAGAUGAUGUGGUAACUGAAGCUGCAGAAGAUAAACCUUCCGAAGAACCAACUUUCCAAGUAGAAGAAAUCGAGACCGAAGCGGUGGAAAAAGAAGUUAUCGACGAUAAGGGAGAAACGACAAAGCAAAGUGUAACCAAAAGAAAAAUCAAAAAGCAGGUUGGCCCCAAGGAAGAACUUAUUGAAAUUGUGGAGACGAAGACAGGUGAUACUCCAGAGUAUGAAGUCAUUGUAACUACCGAAGAGGUUCAAGAAACCAGCGAAGAAGCUCCAGAAGAGAAAAAACCGAAAACGGUCCGCAAAGCUAAAAAGAUUCCAAAAGAUGAUCUUCAGGAUUAUAUUCAGAAGCUUAUUGAGCAAGAUAUUCCAAAAACCGAACUGGAAAAGUAUGAAAAAAUUGACUUGGACGAGCCCGUAAAAAUGAAAAGAAAGCCUAUCAAAAAGGUCAAGCAAUCUGAGGAAAAACCAACAAAAGAAACUGAAGAGCCAUUGGAGGAUAAAUCUGUGGUAAAGAUUUCUGAAUAUCCUGAAGUUGCCAGUGACGAACCAAAGCUAACAAUUGCUGUUAAGGAAUUCGUUCCACAAAAGCCAGAAGAAAAGCCUUUCGAAAUUGUAGUACUUGAAGAAACGGUUGAAACCAAUAGGGAGCCAGAUGAAGAAGGAAUCGUAAGAGAAAAGGUGGUUAAGACUAAAAAGAUAAAACAGAAUAGAGGCUCAGUAGAAAUGGUUCAUGACAUAGUCGAGGAAAUCGAUACGGAUACAAACGAAUCUGUAAUAACAGUCACGACCACCGUUCCAAAGGAGACACCUGAUCAGGAACAACCGACAGUAAAACAAAAACGUACAAAGAAGAUUAAGAAAGACGAAGUGGAUGACUUUAUCAAACGAGUUAUUGAGGAGGAGGCACCACAACCGGAUGAGCCCGUGGAAGUAGUGGCUAUCGAUGAUUUCGUUCCCAAACCAAGUUCUGAGAAGAGGAAAAAGAAGCCAAUAAAAGAAAAGCAAUCUUCCAUUGAGGAAAAAACGCCUCACCAAGAUAAAGUUAUCUUCACUGAGUCUGUUCCAGAAGACUCUCCAGUUAGUGAUGAUCUUAUAACUGUGGUGGAUUCAGCACCAAUCGCAGAAGAACCAGAAUACAAAGUAGAUCAGAUUGAAGACACUAAGAAACCGGAGAAGAAGAAAAAACCAAAGGCUUUAGCCACAAAUCAAACGGAAAACCUACUAGAGGACACUGUUGAAAAGCCUUUGGACGUUUCACAGAAGGAUUCUGAGCUGGAAAAACCAGAAGUUCCGGAAUUCCUUGUUUCUAUUAAGGAAGACGAACAAAAGCGUACUCAGCCUGAAACGAAGAAAACUCCUAAAAUAACCACCGAACAACCAAAACAGCCUUCAACGGAAGAAUACGAAAUUCAAGUAAAGGAAGAGGUGUUGGAACCGGAAGAAGAAAAGCCGUUUACAGUUCAGGUAAUUCAAAGCGAAACAAACGUAGAAGAAACCAAAGAUGACACUGGAAAAGUGCAUAAGCAAGUUACUACAAAACGAAAGUUGCGACGACCUGACGGCGAAAGUGAAAUAGAGAUUAUUGAAGUUGUUAGGGAUGAUCAGCCUGAGGCGGAAAUAACUAUUGUAGAGUAUGAGCCAGAACAUGUAAGCCAGGCCGAAAAACCCAAAGAACCUAAAAAGAAAACGAGAAAGGUUAAAAAGGAUGACAUACAUGACUACAUACAAAAGUUAAUUGACUUGGAAACACCAAAGACGGAGCUUGAAAGGUAUGAGAAAAUCGAAUUCGAACCAGUUGUCAAGGAUAAACCAUUGGAUAACCUGAUUGACGUUGUGGACGAGUCGCCCAUUGAAGUGACGAAAAAACAUAAAAAGCCGAAAUCUAAAGAAGUUCCGAUAGAGGAAUCUUCUGUUCCGGAUGAAUAUGCAAAGGUCAGAGUGGUCGAAGAAGAAGCUCCUGAGCAACCCGAACUACCGGUCCAAAUUCUAGAAGUUCAGCCAGUAGAGGUAGAUGUUAAAGAGGUUAUAACUGAAGCUGGCAAGCCGGUUAAUGAAAAGACUACUAAGCGAGUUUUGAAGAAGGUGGGACCCGAAGAACAAACAACAUUCAAGAUUACAACAAUUGAAAGCGAGGAUAAUGAUUCGGUUACAGUUAUUGUUGACGAAGAACCAGAAAUAGUUUCCCCACAGUCUACCGAAGAACAUCCAGAACAGCCUAAAGAAAAACUAGCGCCAAAACCCAAGAAAACUGUAAGAAAGGUUAAGAAGGACGACUUACACGAAUACGUACAGAAACUUAUAGAAGAAGAAAUUCCUAAGGUAGACCUUGAAAAAUAUGAAAAGGUAGAAAUGCCAGACAAACCAGUGAAACAAGCUCCUUCUGAAUUCAUUUCGGAAGACGCAAAACCUGAACAAUCCCAACCCAUAUCAAUAGCACACGACACAACGAAACCCAAGAAAACUAAAACGCAUAAGCCAAAGACAGAAGACGCAGACCAGCAAGUACCGGACGAACCGACAGAGACCCCUGUAGACACCACUGACAUACCAGAGUUUACACCAACCCAAAUUGCACAGCCUGAGGACACAGCCACUGCACAAAUUACACCAAGCGCACAAGAAGAGAAAUCUACUCAAGAUGACACUAAAGAUACAAUUCAAAAAACAGUUAAACAUAAAAAAACAAAACCAGACACACAAAAAAGCGUUGAAACAAGUGAACUACCAGAGGUUCAAAAAGACUAUCAAAUUAGCAUCAUUCACGAAGAGCCUGUCGAGGAAGACCAGCCAGAAAAGAUUUUGGAGGUUAGAGUUAUCGAUGAAGUCGCCGAAGUGGAAGAAUCACAGCCCAUUGUGGAAGAGGUUGAAGAGGAGGAACCGCAGCCAGCUAUAGAAGAAACUGUUGAGGACGUCACAAAACCUAAGUCUAAAAAGAAGAAGGUGGUUAAAAAGAAAACCGAUGACCAUGACGAACUCAUCAAAAAGAUGCUGGAGCAGGAAAUAGAGAAGACGGAACUGGAGAAAUACGAGAAAAUUGAAUUUGAUGUUCCCAAGAAACUCAAACCGGAAUUCGCUACUCUUGAACCAAUAAAAAUUGAGCGCAAAGAGCAGAAGCCAACAAAGGUGACGAUUCUCGACGCCACUGAUGUUCCUAAAACGGUGAAGUUAAAACCAAGUAAACGUAAGGAGAAACCUGCCGAGGAACAGACUGUUCAACUUCCAAAGUUCAGACUUAAGGCCCGUAUGGUCUUGGUUGAAUACCCUCCAGCUCCUUUAAUUCCGAAAAUUACUAAUAUUGGGGCCAUUAAGGACAAUGGAGAACUGUCUCGCAACAUCGAAGAGGCUGAAGAAGUUCUAAAGUUCAAACCGCAUAAGACUAAGAAAAUUAAGAAAAUCAAGGAUGAUUUGGAAAAGGUCGAGCUCGAAAAGUACGAAAAAUACAUAAGUAGCGAGGAAGAACCAGAGGAAAAGACCCCUUAUAAGAAACCUGAAAAGGCACCAAAACCAGAGGAAAAACAAGAGGAUGUAAAGCUAAAGCUGGGCAAGGGUAAGAAAAAGCCAAUGGAGGACAACGCGCCCGAAAAUGUUACUCUCAAAAACAUUCCGCAAAAGCCACAGGAAGUUGAGGAAGAAGUUGAACUUAAACAGAAACCCAAAAAGGUUGAUAUUGUUGAGGAAGAAACCAGGAAACCCAAGGAAGGGGAAUUCGUUGUGGAGCCAUUUGAACCAUCUGAAUUUGACCGUCCGGAAUACGUACCCGAUGAACUUGAGCCGAUCGAACAUCCAGAGAUGCCCGAGAAAGUUAAGAAGCCGUCUAAGACUAAGUACAAGCCUAAAGAUAAGUCUAAGCCAGAGCCGGAAACCAUUAUAUCGGAGAUUGUUGCUGGGGUUCCAAAGGAGGAAGAGGCAAUACCCGAACAGGAUGUAAAGUUCCGUAAGCCCGAGAGAGACGCUCCAGAAGAGACUGAUUCUGAAAUUAAGCUGCGGCCUGUACCUCAGGCUCCCAAGUCUGAUGAACCUAGCGAAGAAGCGGUGGUGAAGCCCAAAGCAGAGGAACCCCUUCCCGAAGAAACCAAAGAUAAGACCGUCGAUGACGAAAAGAAACCAAAGAAAUCGAAGGCCAAAAAGGUUCAGCCAAAGGAGGAGGAGAUUGCCCCGCAAGAACCCGAACAGUUUGAGGUAUCGGUGAAAGAGGAAGAAACUGUAGUUGAAAAGCCCGUUGAAAUCGAAAAGCCAAAAGAAGUUAAGGUGAAAGAGAAGAAACCCAAGGAAGCACCUGCGUCCGAAGUAGUAGUUUUGGAAGAAGAGCCGAAGCCAGAAGAAGUACCCGAGGAAAUACCUGUGGAGUACAAGAUAACAACUACAGUUUUGGAACCAGAAGAUGCACCAAAGGAACAUCAAGUCAAAGUCAUUGAUUUUGAUGAGCGUCAAGAAACUACCGAGGAGGUAAUUGAAGAAAAGAUCGUGACGCGCAAGAAGAAACCUAAACCACAGCAACCUGAAGAGUUUGAGGUCACCUUAAAAGAGCCCAAAGAAGAACAUAUACAACCGGAGGUGGUUUCAGCUGAAAUCUCUUUGCCAAUUUCGCAACCCGAACAGCCAGAACAGUAUGAAGUUGAACUUAAAAUAACUGAAACUUUACCAGAAGAGCCCCAUGAUGUGCAAAUCGCAGUCAAGGAAAAGGUCAAGGCAAAGCCUGUUAAGGAAGUCAAAGAGGAUAAAAUUGUCGUGGUUGAGGAAGAAGUAAAGGAGCAACCAGUUGAGGAAACAGUCGAGGAGGUUGAAAAGCAGGAAGAAAAGAAGAAGUCAAAGAAACCGAAAUCGUACGAAUUCAAAAUUUCAGAAACCCAAUCCAUUGAGGAAAAGCCAAUAGAAGUAGUUGAAGAAACUCCUGAGGAAACACCCAAGGUUGUAGAGAAAAAGGUUGUCGAGAAAUUCGAUUCAUACGAAUUCACUCUUAAGGAAACUGAUGCGGAAAAGGUAAUCACAGUGGACGAUCAGCCCGAGGAUGAAACCCCUGUAGAGGUUGUAUUAAAGAAAAAACCCAAGGAACCUGAAGCAGUCGAGGCCGAAUUUGUAAUGACUGAACCCAAGGUCGUCGAAGAAACUACUGUGGAAACUGCAAUCAAACAGAAAAAGACGAAAAAACCGAAGAAGAACGAAGAGGAAGCUCAAUUAGAAAUCAAGAUUGUCGAAAGUGAAGCCUCUGUUCCUGAAGAAGUGUUGACUGAAGCUCCUGAGAGUAAGAUUGUAGAGGAGGAAGUUACUGUGGAAGAGAAGCCAAAAGACUUCAAAAUUCGCGUUUCUGAAACAGAAACUAAGCCCGAAGAGCCAAGUGAGGCCCAGUUUACAGUUAAAAAACGCAAACCUUCUGUUACUUUCGCCGACGAACCUGCCACUGAAAUCGUUUUCAAGGAGAGCAAGCCCACUGAAGUGGUUACUGAGGACGCUCAUAUAAAGACCAAGAAGCCGAAGAAGAAGGUAAAGGAUGUGGAAGCUGAGGAGCUAAAGAUUCAAAUCACAGAGGAAGUUCCACAGGAAAUUCCCAUAGUGGAGGAGGUCUCGGAGGAAGAGGUGAUCACUGAAAUCAAGAAGGCAGCUCCGGCUGUUGAAGAGAAGACAUACAAAAUUGGCAUCAAGGAGACGGAGCCGGAAAAACCUGCCGAUGUGAUUGUCGAGGAAGAGCCGGUGGUAACAGAGCCAGUUGAGGAAGAACCGAAACCAGAAGUUUUCGAGGAACACAAGGUUAGAGUCAUUGAGGAAACUCCUAGAGAAUUGGUAGAGGAAGUCAUUGAAGAGGAGGUCAAGGUUAUUCGCAAAAAGAAACCUAAGCCAGAAAUUAAGGAGGAACCCGAGGCGGAAGUUAAUGUCUCUGCUCCAAAGCCUGUCGAUGAAGUGGAAGCUACGUCCAGUAUUUCUGUUAUUCCAGAACAACCUACUGAGGAUGAGGCCGCUGAUCUUAAGAUAACAAUAAUUGAAGAAGAAACACCACCACAAGAACUUGUCCAAGAAAUUGAAGAAAUUGAAAUUGUCGAGGAACCAAAGGCCCUUGAAGAACAACCAACAGAUUUCACCUUCGUCACAAGGGAUUCCGAAAAGGAACCGACUGUGGAAGAGCUGCCCGAGGAACAAGUCACGAUCCAGAAAAAGAAAAAGAAGGCGCCAGUACCAGAAGUAGUCGAAGAACCCGAAGCUGAAUUUUUGGUUAAGCCAAAGACGCCUGUACAGGAAGUUACUGAAGAGGCUAAGAUAACGAAGAAGGCUAAGAAACCUGUAAAGGAAGAAGAGGCCGCAGCAGAGCUUAAAGUAACUAUCACUGAAGAAAUUCCCGCUGAACCAGAGGUUCAAAUAAUCGAGGAAAUUGAAGAGAUCGCGGAAGAAAAACCCACAGAGUAUGAAAUUGAAGUUAAGGAAAGUAAACCAGAAGCUGUAGAAGAAAAGGAAGUUACCUUACCGAAAAAGAAACUGAAGGCUCCAGUGGUUGAAGAACCAGAAGCUGAAGUAACUCUAAAACCAAAGGCAAAGACUGAAGAAGUUCAGGAAGAAGCGAAGAUAGUAAAGAAAAAGCCAAAGAAAAAUGUCGAAGAAGCAGUAGCCGACGAGCUUACGGUUAAGGUUGAAGAAGAGGUUAUUCCAGAACCGAUUGUGGAAGAAGAAGUGAUAGAAGAAAUCCAGAUCAAAAAGAAGCCAGUAAAGCCGGAGCCAGAGGACAUUGUAGAUGCUGCGGUUGUGAAACUGAAGAAACCGAAACCAGUAGAUGCUGAAGAAGUUGUGGCUGAAGUUACUCUUAAGCCAAAGGCUGAAAAGGAGGUUACAGAGGAAGAAUAUUCCGUUGAUGUUAAGCUGCCAAAGGAAAAGAAGAUUACAGAGGAAACUUCUGACCAAACUGUACAGCUUAAGAAAAAGAAGAAGCCGCAGAAACCGGUGGAAGAGGCUGCGGACGAGCUUAAGCUACAGCAAACUGUUGUCGAAGAAAGACCUGUGGAAAUUGAAGAAGAAGAGAUCGUUGAAGAAGCAGUCAUCAUUCGCAAGAAGCCAAAGAAGCCUUUCGAGCCGACGGUUGAAGAUCUCGAAGAAACAGAGUUCAGUCUCUCCUUUAAAAAGCCCCAUACCAUUACUGAGGGUGUGGAAGAGGCUGCCACAGUUCUGAAAAAACGACCAGUCAAGCCCACUACUCUGGAUGAAGCUGCAGCUGAACUUUCUAUCAAGCGUCAGGAAGAAGAAUACGACGAGGGCGAGGAUAUCGAAGAGUUUGUUGUCAGUCAGCAAAGAAAGCCAAAGCCUUUGCAAAUCACAGAAGAAGAUGAGGAGGCCUACACAGUGAAGAAACUUAAGCGUCGAAAGCAAGUAGACAUUCCCGAAUACGCAGACGUUGAGAACGUCACAUUCCGUGCCAGAAGUACCAAGACCAAGGAAGAUGUCGAUCAAGAGUUCAACAUUGCUCUGGACUCGUAUGCCGAGGAGGAAAUUUCCAUGUCUGGAAAGGUUAAGUUAAAGAAACCUAUUAAAAAGACCUUCUCCGAAGCAGCCGAUGAGGCCAAAAUUAAGAUCAUUCAGGACUUUGACGAUGGUGAAGAACCCAUUAUCGAAGAAAUUCGAGACGAUGAGGAUACCAUCGAUGAAGUCGAGGAGCCAGAAGAAUACUUUGUUGAGGAAUUGCCACCAGACGAGGUGGAUUUCAAGCUUAAGCCAAAGAAGCACUCGAAACCAGCCUAUUCUGUUCAAGAUGAAGAGGAAGAACAAUUCCUAAUUGGCAUUCGUCAUCCCAAACGCGAUUCGAUCACAUACGACGAGGAUUCUCUUACCUUUAAGAAGAAGCGUAAGGUUGUGCAACAACUUUACAAUGAAGAUGGAGCUUCGCUUAAUAUUACCAGAGAAAUGAAUGUUGAAGAAUCCGAGAAUCUCAAUAUUAUGUACUCGAUCUGCAACUAUAUUGCCGACAACAACGAGGCUAUAAACCUAGUCGAGGGUGAGAAGGUUACGGUCGUUGGCCGUCACAGCUCAGAGUGGUGGUACGUGAAGAAAAGCAUUACGGAAGAGGAAGGCUGGGUUCCAGCUCAAUAUCUGAUGGAGCCCGAGGAAUACGCGCAGUAUGUGCAAAAUAAGCUGCACGAGAAAAUCGAUAAGCUGCCUGUAUUUGAACGUCCUGGACCAGAAGACAAGCCCAUUGCCCCAAGAUUUAUUGAGAAACUGCAGCCGAUUCACACUCCUGACGGCUACACGGUGCAAUUCGAGUGUAAGGUGGAGGGCAAUCCACGGCCCCAGAUUGCCUGGUUCCGCGAAACUGCUAUUAUCAAACCCUCUCAAGACUUCCAAAUGUUUUAUGAUGAUGACAACGUUGCAACUUUGAUCAUUCGCGAGGUGUUCCCCGAGGAUGCCGGCCAAUUCACAGUUGUGGCAAAGAAUGCUGCUGGUUUCACUUCCAGCACAACGGAACUGAUUGUGGAUAGUCCUCUAUCUGAUCACGGCUCUGAUGCCACAGCUCUUUCACGUCGCAGCAUGUCUCGUGAAUCCUCGCUAGCCGACAUAUUGGAGGGCAUCCCACCAACUUUCUCCAAGAAACCCAAGGCUCAAUAUGUGGACGAGAAUACAAAUGUGAUUCUUGAGUGCAGACUGGUGGCCGUGCCUGAACCAGAUAUUGUCUGGACCUUCAAUGGCGAAGACAUUGAUGAGGAAGAGAUUAAAAACAUUCGCAUCGUUACCGAAUCCGACAUGCACAUGUACUGCAGUGUGGUGCACAUCUCCAAGGUUAAGAAAUCGCAGGAAGGUACCUACGAGGUUAUUGCAACAAACCGUGAGGGCGAGGCUCGUCUGCCAAUCACCCUCAAGGUGCGCACCACCGACAAGGAGGCGCCGCAAAUCCUGGAACCCUUACGCAACAUGGUCAUACGGGAAGGCGAGAGUGUCGUACUUUCUACGCAAAUUGUAGGUAAUCCACCGCCAAAGGUAACCUGGUAUAAAGAUGGCAAGCCUGUUAAGAACGCCAAGUCCGACAAGGAUUUGCAUACUCUAACACUGAUUACACCACAGAAGUCUGAGAAGGGUGAAUACACGGUAAAGGCUGUGAACCCCUUGGGUAGCGUGGAGACCACUGCUAAUCUAACAAUUGAAGAGCUUGCAGGCGGUAAUGCUGAGCCACCUCUUUUCGUAGAACGCUUUGAGGAGCAGAAUGUUCCGCAAAAGGGCGAAAUACACUUGCCAGCCAAGGUUUCCGGUAACCCGGUGCCUGAGGUUCAAUGGCUGUUUAACAACACACCAUUGUUCCCCAGCGACCGCAUCCAGCAGGUUUACGAUGGCGAGAACAUCGAGCUUAUCAUCAAGGAUGCCAACCCAGAAACCGAUUCUGGUGACUACAAAUGUAUUGCAAGUAAUCCUAUUGGCAAAACUUCACACGGUGCCCGUGUGAUUGUCGAGGUUGAUGAAGUGACGUUUACAAAGAAGCUUAAGAAGACCAUCACCAUUGAAGAGGUACAAUCUCUUACCCUGGAGUGUGAGACCUCCCACGUAGUCACCACCAAGUGGUUCUUCAACGGCAAGGAACUCAGUGGAAUGGAUCAUCGCGUCGUGGUUGAGGAUGGCAAGACUCACAAGUUGGUAAUCAGAAAUACGAAUCUACGUGACUCUGGAACCUAUACGUGCAAGGUUAAGAAGCAAGAAACUCAAUCGACAGUCGAGGUGCUUCAGCGUAAGCCGGACUUUAUCAAGGUUCUCGAGGAUUACGAGGUAACCGAAAAGGAUACCGCCAUUUUGGAUGUGGAGCUUACUACCGAAUCAACCGAAGUCACUUGGUACAAGGACGGCGAGAAGAUCACUCCAGAAAACAAGAACGUCGAGUUUAUCAAGGAUGGAAAGGCUCGUCGCCUGGUUAUCCGCGAUGUGACAAUCCACGACGAGGGUCAGUACACAUGCAAGAUCGAGGGACAGGAAUGUAGCUGUGAGCUGGUUGUAAUCGAGCUACCACCUGAAAUUGUGAAGCCACUGAAUGACGUUGCAGUGACCAAGGGCGAGAAUGCUAUUUUCGAGGUUGAACUUAGCAAGGGCGAUGCCCUUGUCAAAUGGUUCAAGAACGGAAAGGAAAUUGUGUUCAAUGAGCGCAUUCAAUUGGCCAUCGAUGGCAAGAAGCAAUCCUUGCGCAUUGUCAAGGCCAAGCCCGAAGAUGUGGGUGAAUACUCCGUUCAGGUGGGCGACCAGACAUCAAAGGCAAAGUUGACAGUAGAGGAGCCUCUCGUAGACUUUGUCAUCCGCCUACCGGAUGUUACGCUGGCCACCAAGACAACGGAUGCCGAGUUCACGGUGCAGCUGUCGCAGCCCGAUGUCGAGGUAACCUGGUACAAGAAGAGCAAGCCAAUCAAGCCCAACCAGAAGCACGAGGUAUUCGUUGAGGGCACUGUCCGACGACUGGUCAUCCACGAUGCUAGCGACGAAGAUGCCGGUGAGAUCAGCUGCGUUGCAGAGAACGUCACAAGCAGCACUAAGCUGUGCGUCGAGGAGCUCAAACUGCCACCCGUCAUUACCUCUGACAAGGAUCAGACCAUAAAGGUUAAGGAGAACGACGACGUGACCUUCUCCGUCAAGUACACAGGCGUGCCAACUCCAGAGGCCGUUUGGACCACGCGCAAGGUUGUCAUACCCAAGUCAAAGAGGACCAUCCCGACCAUCGAUGAGCAGUCAGCCACGCUAACCAUUAAGAAGGUUGUUGACGAUGACGAGGGCGAAUACACCGUCAAGCUUGUCAACCCGGUGGGCGAGGCGGAGGCCAGCCUCCAUUUGGUCAUUAUGCGCAAGCCAACUGCACCUGGUACACCUCAACCCCUCGAGAUAAUGCACGACUCUAUAACGCUCUACUGGAAGGCGCCAGAGGAUGAUGGCAAGUCGGAGAUUAUUGAGUACAUUCUAGAGUAUCACGAUGUAAAGGAAGAAAAAUGGACUGAAAUUAGAAAGAUCAAGGACACCACCUACACCAUAAGCAAGCUCAAGAUCGACACGGAGUACGUGUUCCGUUCGAUUGCCGUGAACGAAGUGGGGCCAUCGCCACCAUCGCCGCUUUCGCCGCCCAUCCGACUGGUGCCCAAGGUUGAGACUAAGGCGCCCAGCGUACAAGAACCACUACAGGAUGUGGUUAGCGAACUGGACAAGGAGGUGACACUGUCCUGUGUGUUCGGCGGCAUUCCAGAGCCAAAGGUGACGUGGAAGAAGAACGGUCAGGUGUUCGAAUCGAGCAGCAUACGCUACGAAAAUCGCGUGGCCAAGUACACCAUUGAAAAGACAACCAUUGAGACUGAAGCCACAUAUACGUGCGUGGCGACCAAUGAGAAGGGCUCCGCGGAGACCUCGUGUCGCCUGAAACUGCAACAGAAACCGGUUCUCGAGGUGGAGGACAAGUACUUGACGCAGAAGCUGCGCACGGGCAGCACUCUCACCAUUCCAGCGACGGUCCGCGGCUACCCACAGCCCACUGUGACCUGGCACAAAGAGACAAUCGAGCAGAAGACCACCAAGUCGGUAACCAUUGAGACCACGGAGACUACUUCCACCUACACGGUUAAGAAGGUGACUCGCGAGCAAUCCGGCAAGUACAAGGUGACGGCCACCAAUGAGUCGGGCACUACGUACGUAGAGUGCACUGUUCAGGUGAUCGACAAACCCAGCAGACCCCAAUCUCUGGAGAUCAAGGACAUCAAAAAGGACUCCAUCGUCCUGGAGUGGACCCCACCUGUCGAUGAUGGAGGUCUGGAGAUUGAGAAGUAUACGCUGGAGAAGUGCGACGUUCAAAACAAUGUUUGGAUGAAGGUAUCCGACUUUAACAAAGACAUCAAAUCGUAUGCUGUUCAAAAACUUUCGAUGAACUCGCAAUACAUGUUCCGUGUGGUGGCCGCUAAUCCUAUUGGCGAGUCUGAGCCAACGGAAAGUGAUCCAGUGACUAUAACCAAAAAAUUCGAAAAACCAUCGCCUCCGCGUGGACCUACCACAGUGUCGGGUAUGAACGACACGUCCUUCAAUUUGGCUUGGGAGCCAUCGGAAACCGACGGCGGUUCAAAGAUCAUAGAAUACAUUGUGGAAAUAAGGGAAGAGACUGAAACCACCUAUCGAUCGGUGGGCGUAACCCUGGGCACAGUGACCAACAUCCACGUAGAGAAGGUGGUCAGAAACAAGGGGUACCUGUUCCGCAUAUAUGCGAGAAACGAGGUUGGCACCAGCGAGGCGUUUGAGACCACGGAGAAGAUUGUCAUGGGUCGCAAAAUUACUAACGAUAAUGAAGCUUUAGCGCCGCCAUCGCCCCCUCAGAACUUGAGGGCCCCAGAUGUCACAAGCCGAAGUGUCACAUUGGACUGGGAGGUGCCAGCCCGCAACGGUGGAUCAGAGAUCACAGGCUAUUGCGUGGAGAAACGUUCCUCAACAUCUACAAACUGGACCAAGGUCAUUACACUGGAUGCUCACCAGCUGCACUACACGAUUGACAAUCUGAAGGAGAAGUGCGAGUACUGGUUCCGUGUGUCAGCGGAGAAUGAGGUUGGAUUAGGUGCACCAGCCGUCACCGAGAGCAUAUCGCUCAAGACACAUGCUACCGUACCCUCACCACCCACCGGUCCACUGGAGGCGCGCGUUCUCGCCGCCAAUGCCCACAUAUUCGAAUGGGGUUUGCCCGAGUCAGAUGGAGGUGCGCCUCUGCUCGGCUACCACAUUGCUAUACGGGACAUGAAGAAGACCAUGUGGAUCGAGGUGGGCCGUGUGCCAGCUGGCGUGCAGAAGUUCCAGAUCAGAGACCUGCAGGAGAACCACGAGUACAUGAUUCGCAUAUUCGCGAAGAACGAGAUUGGUCUAAGUGAACCUCUGGAAUCGGAGGAGCCCUACAAGGCUAUGACUGCUGGUCAUGAGAUCCUGCCGGACGAGCCGCGCACGGAGAUGAGUUCGUGCAACACCUCCUCGUGGCUGCGUGACCACCACAUGGAUGCGGAUAUCCAUUCGUAUGCCCGCGGCAGGCUGCUUCAACGCGAUGAGUACUUCUUCCGGUUGUGGGCGGACUUGCCCAAGAGCAAAAAGAAGAAGAGCUCCAAAUAGUCGAUGAACGACAACGAAAUAAGAAACACUUUAGUCGUAGGUUAAGCGUAUUUCAAUUGUAUUUUAUAUAACAACAACGCAAUGGGGAGAACCCCCUUGAUUUUCUAGCUUUUUGUACUUUAGUAGAGAUGACGAAAUGUGAGGAUGGUGUAAUGUAAUGUGGCAUCCCAUUGAUAGCGAUGCCCACGACCCCCGAUCAAAGAGUGCGAGCGAAGAAUAAACUUAAUGCUCGGGUGCGUGGGCGUGGCUCAAUGUUUUUGGAUGGCCAUUACGCCAUUCAAUUAACGGACAUAAUUUUAGAUUUUUCAUUUGCAUAGAGUUCUAUUUUGGUUAUAUAUUGUUUUACUUGUGCCUUAUUUUUGUAAGCUGUGAUAAAUCUAUCAAAAUCGAAAGCGUCAAACGAAGCAACAAAACAUUAAACUGAAUAAAAAUGCCACCAAGCGCCAAUCCAUCGGCAUCGGGCAACGAGAGCCAACGAGCCACAACCCUCCAAACACCCAAUGCCAUCUCCAUCCCAGGCAGUGUAACUCAAUAUCCUCUCGGGAGACAAAACAACAAAUGGUGCAAUUCGAUAUGAGUUAUUCCUGGGGAGUGUGUUGCGAGUCGCUGGCUGCCGUUGCCUUUGUCCUGGACUCGCCUUGGUUUAAAUUUAUGGCAUAGGAAUAUGAGAGGGAAUAUACUCGUGUGUCUUUAAAGUUACCAGAGCUAAAUAAAUAAAAUGUAUAAAAUA